CUCAGAGCACAGUUACAGGUUUCUGCCAGCGCGUUUGUAUAAUCGCUCAGCAGUUUGUCCCUCCCGGCUCCCGUACUCAGGAGGCAGUGGGAGUGCGGUCAGGUCCUAGGUUGUGCCUAGUUGCAGUACGGGGGGCUUUGCUGGGUGCACAGACUGGGGAGAACUUGGGCUCAGCAGAGACAAUACAGUGAGGAGAGCCCAGAGCCCAGUGCGGCCAUUAUCCAAACUGCCCGGACACAUCACAACAAGGAGCAUCUGCUGCCUGGUAACCGGGACUCAAACAGGAGGUGACACUCUGCAAUCACUGGGCAAGCAAUGCUUUAUAUAUAUAUACACACAAACCCUUACACCGAGUUACACGGGGGGGUAUGUUACUAUCAUUUCAUGUAAAUAGACAUUAUGGGGGAACGUGGUAAAGGUGGAUCAGUGCAGAAGCAUUUUGUUGGUUUCCAUGGUGAUGGAUGGCUCUUUAUGUUUUCACAUUCUUUAGCUCACAUGACAUAGUCUGUGUCACUGGGCUACUAGUCUGUGUGAUUGGUCACUGGGCUACUGUCUGUGUGACUGGGCUACUGUCUACAGUCUGUGUCACUGGGCUACUGUCUGUGUGACUGGGCUACUGUCUGUGUCACUGGGCAAAUGUCUGUGUCACUGGGCAAAUGUCUGUGUCACUGGGCUACUGUCUGUGUCACAGGGCUGCCCACAGUGUACAGGAGAUUUGGGGGGGGACAUCCUUAUGCAUUUACACAUCCACUAGUAUAGAAUGGUUGAUGACCAGAGAGAUAUAUUUACUUUACGUGAGGUGUGCCUUCAAAUCGUUUAUUUAUGAAUUUUUUUAAGAAAUAAAGCAAGCUGUAGUGGUUAUGGUGCCAUGCAGCAGUUAGCUGUCAAAGUGUUUAACCCCAAGUGUUUAACAUGUGUGACAUGCCAUGAUUCCCUUUUAUUCCAGAAGUUUGGUCCUUAAGGGGUUAAAGGGAUACUAUAGUCACCCAGACCACUUCAUUAUUAUUAUUUAUCGCCAUUUAUAUAUGGCCAACAGAUUCCGUAGCGCUUUACAACUUCAUCUCAUUGAAGUGGUCUGGGUGCAAUGUCACAGUCCCACUUAGUCCUACAAUGUAAAUCAUUGCAAUUUCUGACAGCCACUAGAGGCACUUCCUGCUUGCUAACCAACUUUAGGUUGCCACAACGACGGUGGACAUCCUCACGCUCUACAUAAGGAAAUCUCCAUAGGAAAGCACUAAAGCAAUGCUUUUCUAAGGGGACGGCUUAAUGUCUCACCGCAGAGUAAGUGACUAAAGUUUUUUUUUUUAACCCUUUAACCGCUGUGGGGGGAGACCAGGGGGCUCUAUAGUGUACGUUAUACAUAUUUGUAUUGCAUACACUGUAGAAUCCCUUUAAGAGUAGUUUAAAACAUUCAUGUGAAUUUGAAGUGCCCAUGGCACUUCCAGUCUGUGCUGGUUUGGUAAAGUAAAAGUUCAUAAUUAUGUAGUAUUGUAUUAAGUCACGUUGGGACAUUAGUGACCUGUCUGGCCUCUGUUAGUGGAUUGUUUGGUUCAUUCACGCCAGUUCAAAUUAAUUCAGACAUUUUUCUUUGAAGAAUUAUAGUCUAAUUAGUUACUAAAUUCAGUCAUCUGAAUUGAGCAAACUAAACUCUAUAGUCAAACUUUAGGAACCAAUUAAGAUUUGAAUUAAUCUCAGACAUCUUAUUAACCACACUAACAAUGAUACCUAAAAAGUAACUCUGAGGCUCACACACCUAAUGAACCACACACACAUACAUACAGGGUUAUUGAAUAGAAUCCACAUUUUCCCCAACUAAAUCCAAAUGGCAAAACUGAGGAGGAAAAAGCUAAUCUGGAAAAAUUCCACAUCUCAGUCUUUGUGACAAAUUUGCAUAUUUUUUAUCUUUUAUAUUUAAUUUGUGGAUAACAUGUACAAAAAAUAUUAUAGCCAAUGCUCAACUGGUAUAGGUUAAUUUAGUGUGGCAUGCAGAAAAAAAACAAGCAGGGUGAUAUAAGGGAAAGACUUGUUCCAUCACCAGGUCCAUAACCGUCAUAGAAUACAAAUAAUUCCCAAGCACACCAAUGAUUUUAGUGCAAAGAUAGUUUUUAUGUUUUUAUUUAUGCUUAAUAAGAAAGUGUAUGUGUGCAAAACCGAAGUACCCAUACCAUCAUGCAUACAUAACCACACACUAAAUCACUCACUCAGUCAUUUAAUCACAACUAACAGAUCAUUUGUACAAAUAUCAAUGGUAUGGGGCACUACUGAUUUAGACACUUGUGCUGUCGGUAAGGUUCAUGUCCCCCAUCCCCCAAAUAAUUUGUACACACAUUAAUCUGCUACUAGUCACUGAAAUAUAAAUACAUACAUUGUCAGCUGAAUUUCCUCCCAUUUGUAAAGCAUGAAAGAACACAACAAAUAAAGUCAUCACUAGGAAACAAAAGUACAAACAAUUGUAUUGAUCUUCCCUAGAACAGACAACAGAGGGAUAGGCAGCUAUGAAACCUUGUGUAUUUUGAUUCAUGUGUCCUUACUCUCUCAUGUUCUAUUCAUGUUCAACUCUGUUAGUCCCUUCAGACAGCUUCAGGGCCCCCUUGCUCUCAACACAUCAUAUCACGUUUUGUUUGGAUUUGCAGCAGUUGUAGGAACUACAAAGGUUUUUGUCUGUUUAUUGUUUAAAUUAUCAAUGGCAUUAUUGUAUGCAUUUUUAAUACAUUAUCUGUUAUUCAUCAAAUAAGGCAGGUCAAUCCAAGCUAGAAUUACCUCUUUUAGGUCAAUAAAAUCUUAGGUCACAUCGUUUUCAAAGAUUGCUAAUUACAGUGGUAGACAAAGAGAAAAGAAACUGAAUUGCAUCUGUUACAACCACCACUAAUAUGGCAGCACUGUUACUUUAUAUAUUGUGUUAAUCCUGCUUAGAACAGUCUUUCAUUAAAAUAAAAUGAAAGUGCAAAUGUUACAUGUAACUUUUUUUUUUUUAGAACGUCCAGUAGCUACUUAAAAGUUUUUUUCAGAAUUUCUCAGUUGUUUUUAUUUUUAAAGGGAUACAAUAGGCACCAAAUCAACUUUAACUUAAUGAAGCCGUUUCGGUGUAUAUAUCAUGCCCCUGCAGUCUCACUACUCAAUUUUCUGCCAUUUAGGAGUUAAAUCACUUUGUUUAUGCAACUAUAGUCACACCCACCUGCAUGUGACUCAUACAGCCUUCUUAAACACUUCCUGUAAAGAGAGAUCUGAUGUUUAAUUUCCCUUAUUGCACAUUCUGUUUAAUUUAGAAUUUAUUAUCUUCAGUUCUGUUAAUUGCCUUCUUGACCGUGCAGGAGCCUCCUGUAUGCGAUUAAAGUUCAAUUUACAGCAAAGGAGAUGUACAUUUCUAAAGUAAAUUCAUCUGAUUGAAAAUGAAACCUUUUUUUUUUCCAUGGGAGGUGUGGCUGUAUAAACAGAAACAAAGUGAUUUAAAGGGACACUAUAGGAACCCAGACCACUUCAGCUCAUUGCAUUGCAUUAUAAACGGAAAUAAUUAGCUUUGUGGGUUAACUCCACGUCUAGUGGCUGUCUACCAGAUGGUCACUAGAGGGACUUCCGGAUUGUUAGGCGAAUGCGUAAGGAAUUCCAGCAUCCCCAAAAUCCCCAUAUAAUAAUGCUAUAAUAUAUAUAAUUAUGUAUAAUGCUUUCCUAUGGGGAAAUCCUAAUGCGAGCGCGGCCAUUACUGAGCUUACGCAGUAGGUCUCCCCUGCUCACUCACUGCAGGAGAGGAGCAGAGAUGGACCAACGCCAGUGGACAUCGGCGCUGGACUCAGGUAAGCGACAGAAGGGGAUUUUAACCCCUUCUGCAUCGUAGUGGGGGAGGUGGGCACUAUAAAGAGCUAUAGUGCCAGGGAAAACAACUUUGUAUUCCUGGCACUAUAAUUUCCCAUUAACUCCUGAAUGGCAGAGAAAUUAACAGUGAGACUGCAGGGGCAUGAUCUAUAUUACUGCUUCAAUAAGCUAAAGUUUUUUUAUUUUUUUAUGCAUAUAGUGUCCCUCUUACAAUGCAUGCUUAGAUGUCCUGUCAUAGCCUGAGCAUGCACUGGCGCAGCCUUUCUCUGUAAAACCUUGAGCGCACCCACUUGGGGCUUUGAUGUCAUCCAGAAUAAAGAAAGAGUGCAAAGAUAAGUGGUGUUUCUUUUUUGUUUUUUUGCUUUUUUAUGCUUACCUUUGCUGUACUACUCUCCCUUGUUAACUGUUCAGUUGCCUAUAAUGCUGAGGAAACAUUCAUAUUGCAUAGAAGGACACAUUAAGAUGAUUUUCUGAUGCAUCUUAAUGGAAAUUGUCUUAUUAUAUGCUUUUAUGACUUCUGCUGUAUGUGUGUUCAUAGCGGUAGAAAAAUAAAUGCAGCAUAGCCUGUGCUAAGAGAUAAACUCAAUCCUUAUAAGGCGCCAUAGUCCAGGUUGUUAAGCAGCUUACAAUCCUCUUAUUCAGUCUACACCUUCUGUUUCCCUUGAUCUAACAUGACAAUGGCGAUGAAAUAGUCUCCCUGCGUUUGCUGAUCAUUAUAAUGUACCAUUUCUGACUUCCAUACCUACUCUCUUGAAAUCAGGUGCAGAGUGUGAUUAAGGACCAUGGGCCUAUUUGACAGGCUUGCAGGAUGGCUAGGCCUAAAGAAGAAAGAGGUUCACGUGUUAUGUCUUGGGUUAGACAACAGCGGAAAAACCACCAUAAUCAACAAACUGAAACCUGCAAAUGUAAGUUCCCAUAAUGCUUGUUACACCUCGAUGCUGCUUUGCUCGAUAUCGUGAAACCUUUCUUGGAAAGAUUAUUUCACCUUCAGCAAGCUUGUGUUUAUGUAAAGUACGAUCCUCUGGAUGCAUGUUCAGUUACCUCUAAUGAUCACCUUUACGUAUGUCUCGGCUUUCUGAACUUAUCAGCCCUUGGAUUGGUUAUUUCUUGCUGCCAAUGAAAGGGUUAAAUCUUUUACUGUGUUUUGCCAGAGCCAGGGCUUCUACACAUUGUGAGUCAGUACCCUGUUAAACACGAACAUUCUCCAGUUGGAAACAGAGAUCCUAUUGUUUUAAUGGUGUCCAAUUGUGGCAGAAUACAAAUUAUUGUAAGGAUUCCUAGAGUGGCAUAAUUGGGAGCAAUUUAAUCACAGGAUAUCUUCUGAUUCCCACAGAGACGCACUAAUGUUCUAAAUAAAAAUGAAAAGGAGAAAACAGACGGAAAUUGCAUUUGCUUAGGACGCCGCUGCUGUUUAGCCCUCAGUGUAUUGCAAACAGGAAAAGCAGAAGGUCAUAGAUUCAAGGUGGUGCUUCACCCUUUCAGGCCUAUUCACUAAAGAUUGAAUUGUUGGGAAUUCAAAGCAAAUUUUAGUCCAAAGUAGCCAAACUGAAAUCCUGAAAAGUUGGCGACUUUGUUUUUUUCCAACUGCUUUUUUGGGCUAAAAUUUUAAAUUAGUGUCAUUCUUGAUAUAUCACACUUUAGUGUGUAUGGAUUUCUGUAGCACUCUUAUAAGAAUAAGACACUUGUAAAAAAUCUUUGUAAUAUUGUAACCCAUUCAUCCAAUAAUGUGUGUAAACGGGAGAAGGAAAUGUGCAUUUUACCCCUUAUGUUUCUCUAUUAAACAAAAACUAUGGAGAAUCAACAAGGGUAUUGCAAGAAUUUUACAAAUUCUACAUCGUGGCUAAUCUUUUAAACCGUUAAUCGUGAGGCCCAUGGCUUUGUGGUGGAAUAUCACCUGCAAUAAAUUAUACAGCUUUGAUCCUUGUGCUGAACAAGCUGAAUCGAAAGAGGGCAAGCAGUCAUGAUUGAGGGCGGAGGUAUUGGUCAGGGCAGGAAAUGGUCAGAUGAGAUUGAGGUCUAAGACAAUAAAUGGGGCAUGUGGGGUACAGCAGACAAUCAGCUCACUACAAAUAAGGCCAGGAGAGUAACGAGAAAAAUGAGAUCGGUUUUCUAUUUGGGGGAUGGAUAGCACGAGAACUGCAGACAAGUGAAGUACAACCGAAUUUACUUCUAUCUUUCCAGUUUCAGGUUACAUAAAAUAAGGACAAGGAUUGCUGUUUUAAAGCCAAGCAUUUGCAAAAUGUGGUGGUUUGGAAUUUAAGCGUAUUAACAUUUUUUUAAACUUAAAAUGGUUAUACAGUAUAUAGUUUUGUAAUGUAGACUCCGAAAUGUAGGUAGCCGUUUCAUUCAGCCCUUUUUUUUUUUUUAAAACAAUAUUUUCCAUCAUGUGGCAUGUAUAUAUUUCUCCCUUACAUACAGCAUUUUACUAAUGUUGUGAACAUUGUAAGUCUGACGUAUUUUAUUUGAGUAAAAAAGAGAAUAAUUUCUAUUAAGCUUUAUUCCCAGGGAUCUCCAGUUUUAUAAAGGAUUUCUGCCAUUCCCCUUAACCCUACAAUUGUGAUUAUUGCAGUUAUUGUCUAUAAGAGAGCCACUAGAGGCGCUUCCAAUUCCUUAGCGGACUUUUGAUCCGCUAAAUGACACUGGAUGUCCUCACACUUUGCUAAGGAUAUCCAGUGUCACCUAAAACUUCUGAUUUAAUGCUUUCCUAUGGGGUAGUCCUAAUGUGAUCGUGGCGCUCGCCGCGCAUGCGCAUUAGAUCCCACCUCCUGCUGGCUGACGUCGCCAGGUGAGUAAUGGAGGCCGAGUCUGACCCAGUGCCGAGGGAUAUCAUUGGAAUGAGGUGACAGAAGGGUUUUUAACCCUUUCAACAACGCAGGGGAAGGGUUACGCAAGGGAGUGGGGGGAACUAUAGGGUAUACAGUGCAAGGAUUACAACUUUGUAUUCCUAGCACUAUAGUUUCCCUUUAAGAAUUGGGUCUAUACAAACAAUCAUUAAACUAAUAUGAAAAAAGAACAGAGAUAUAGAUUAGGUGUCCAAAAAUAGAUGUUAAUGCACUAACUAUUCUUAUAAAGAUUACACCAUUGGGACAAACAAAGUGAGCAUAUUAUAUUUGGGUAUCAAUUCAGUAUAACAGCUCUUGUGUGUGGUGGUCUUUUAAAUUGGCUUGAAAAACAUUUCACUGUGGUAACCGCAUGCAGUAAGGUGGGUUACAACUAUGAACUGCUGGCAAAAUAACCAGAAGAUGAUUUCAUAUACAGAGCACAUUUUAUUUCUGUGUUAUUUGUGUAGAAUGCCAUAUGUUUAUUAUGGACCUAUUGAUGGGUGUGGAGACAUAAUUUCCUACGUUAAUACUGCUGUGCACCAACCAUUUCCUGUGGCUUAAUUACAGUUCCAACAACCAACCCUAAUCUUUUUUUGGAUAUCUUUUACAGAUUUCUAUUUGUGUCACCAUGUGCCCAUGUUUCUAUACUAAUUUAUAAGCUGUAUGUUUCCCCCUUCAGCAUAUAUAUGUUACCUUCAUUUAUAUUCCACCUCGGGGAAUUUGUAAGGACUGCUGUCACAAUAUUGACUAUUUUUGAGAUCUCUUUAAUAUAACCUUUCUAAAAAUUGAUAAAAUAUUGCUCAUUAUAGAAUGGUUGCACUUGAAGGGUGAUGCAGCUCCACAUUCUCUUGAGAUAGUCUGUCUCUUGAGAGUCUCGACACAGUAGAGACGUUUUGCUAGCUCUUGUCAGCCACUUCUACAUUGCAUCCCCUUCCCGCAGCCCGUGACAGCUUGCAGACAUUUCUGUAUGCUUACCUCCCUUGGGAGGGAAUCAGCAAAGGAAAAUUCUCCUUGUCACUACAUUGUGCUCUCCCAUCGCAGCAGUGCAUUCUAAUUACCUGUUAGAUAAACAUAAAUGAAAUAAACAAAAUGAGAAGAUAUAAUAAUAAGCACUUAACACAUUGUGUUUUAAAUGUGAUUGUGGAUUUCUGUGAAUGCCUACAUUUCAGUGUUUAUUUCAUGAAUCCACAUUUUAAACAUUGAUCCACACUUCUACAAUUUUUUCUAACCUCAUCUUAGUUGUAUGUUUUUUUGUACCCAGGUCUUUAUCAAGUUCCCUAUGUAUCACAGUGUCCCCUGUAUUAAUUUACUAUCUGUUUUUAAUAUUAAUUUACUAUUUGUUUUUAAUAUUAAUUUACUAUCUGUUUUUAAUAUCUGAUUAAUUAUAGAACUUUUGAAAAUUACAUAUUUUCUUUAAAGCUGAACAAAAACAAAGAGGAACAAAAGACAGACUAGUUAUAUUCAUAACUGGGAAUCUUUCCUAAAUUCUUAUGUAAAAUGUUGUAGAAGUAAACUGUUGGCACUAGGGCCAGAUUAAGAGCCCAGUGGGCCUGGUGCUGACAAUUAUGAUGGGGCCUAUUAUAAAAUCUUAUCGACCAAAAACACUAAAACAGUCCUACCUCCCAAGCGUCAUGUAUCUGAUGGAAAUGGUGCUGGAGGGAAACUCAUAGGAUGCAGCUAUGAGAAAACACAUACUCUUUGCUAAUCUCACACCUUUAUCUUUCAAGUAAAUCCACACCCUUUAACAGUAGUGCCCAGUGAAGCAGGAAGUCUAUGGACGGGGUAAAAGGGUGGGCCGCUGACCCAAAUCACAUAAACAGAAUUGCCGAAAGGGGAAAACAUACCCAAAAAAGGGGCAUGUCUGUGUCCCCAUGUCUUCCAGUGUCCCUUAGUGACUGUGAUACAUAGGGAACACUGACUUGAUAAAGACCUGGGUACAGUUCAAAAUGUUGCGGUGUCCAAUAAACCUGCUUACAUGUAUUACAGUGAGUGCCUGAGAUUUUUCUUUUAUACUAGGGGACUCUGGGAGACUAGAAAACACUAAGACUAAGACACUGGGGACACUGGCACAUUACUGACAGAGACACCAGGGACACUGGAAGGCAUUAGGACACUGAGAUACUAGGGACACUGGCUGGGAGACAUGGGGACAUUGGGAGUGUCCCAUAUCUCCCAGGUCUCAAAGUCGUACAGUGUCCCCAUGUCUCUGUGGCCCUUAGAGUCCGUGUUCCCAUGUCACUAGGACACUUAGAGACAUGGGGACACUGAGACACUUGGGGAGACAUGGGGACACUCAGAUACUUGGGGACACUGAGACGAUUGGGUACACUGAGAGACUAGAGGACUCUGGGAGACUGGGUACACUGAGAGACUAGAGGACUCUGGGAGACUAGGGACACUUAGAGACACCAGGGGGACACUGAGACACUAGGUACACUGUCUGGGAGACAUGGGGACACUGAGAGACUAUGGGUCACUGGGAGACAUGGGGCCACUGAGUCCCUGGUGUCUCAGGGUCCCGAAGUGUCCCCAUGUCUCAGUUUCCCCUAGUGUAUGUGUCUCCAGGUCUCACAGUGCCCCCUAGUGUCUGUGUCCGUGGUAUUGCAGAAUAAUAACUGCUUAUACUGAGACAUUUGUAUUGCCGGUGUUACUGCAAUACUGGCACCGGCUAGGCAGCCUCAAAUACCGGAGAAAUACCGGCCAGGUGGCAACCCUAAGAGUAGUGUGUAAAAAGAAAAAAAAGUAAUUUUUUAUAAACCAAUUGGCCUGGAGCUUUAUCCGACCCUGGUUGGCACCAAUUAUUGGUCGUGUCAAUAAUUUGUUUAUGUACAUCUUUAGUAUGUGAAUUAUCUCGUCCUAGGGACUAAUGAAAGUAUUUAGAAAAUUGGGCAGACUAGAUGGGCCGAAUGGUUCUUAUCUGCCGUCACAUUCUAUGUUUCUAUGUUUCAGAAAGGGUGUAGUGCUAAUGACUGAAACCACUGUCAUCACAAUACAGACUUUACAAAUUACUCAGACUAUAGGCAGCUCAUCCAGUCUAAAGCACCCAGAUAACCUUAUAUAUGUAGAUAAAUAUUGUUUCAAAUGUAUUGCUUUUAUUUUUCUUCAAUUUAAAUGCAGUUGAUGCGACGGGAAAAAAAUUGUCUUUUUCAAUUUGCUUAAUUUUUUUUCUUCAGGCCCAAGCUCAGGAUAUAGUUCCAACAAUAGGAUUUAGCAUAGAAAAGUUCAAGACAUCCAGGUAAGUGUUAUUCCAUCUACAUUCAUUGAAUGUAAUAUGCUAAUUCCACAACAUAAUUGUACUCCCUCUUCCAUAUGCAGACCUAUGUCUUUAUUUGUUCUUAAGUACUCUAAAUAGGUUGUAACUUAAAGGAACACUCCAGUGUUAUAAAUAAAUACAUUUUAUUUACAGAGUUGGUGUUUUUUGGCCACUUUGGAUUACUGGAGUCCCCCGACUAAAAUGCUAAAAUGCUUUCAACUAAUCUGGAGGCUAGAGUGUCUUCUUGCCACAUCUCCGCUCCACCUUUGGGUGGUUAUUAGUACUGGUGGCCUCACGGCGAAAUCAAUGUUUCUCAGAGAAGCAUUGAGACCCAAUUCUGGCAAUGUUUCUUAUCAAGAAACAUUAAGUCAAAAGUUUGUAGACGUGAAGCUUUACUUUACUGUUUUGCAAUGGUGCACAAAAGAGUGAGAAAGAGCCUCCUCCCAGCUGUUCUCUUGAAAUCAGCAAUUUUAUAGCAGAGGAGACACUAUUUGUAACCCCUGAAAUACUUUAUAUAUUUAUGUGUGUGCAGUAAAAACAAUAUUAGUUUGUUUGUGUGCCAUGUUCAAAUAAACCUUAAAUACAGGAAUUCAUAAUAAAAUCUGUAUUCCUAUCCAUACCAAUAGGAAAUGGCUGUGAAUCACUGUUGAAAAUGAAACCAAUAAGAAUCUUUAAUAUAUAAUCUGAUCAAGCCAUUGUAAAACUUGGCAGUGGUCAAUGAUUGCCAUCAGUCAGUCCUAUAUAAUUUCAGUGGAAAUAUAUAAAGGUCCCAAUGUAUAAACAAGUACCUAGGUAUGGUAGUCUUUCAAACUUCAAUAGGUUUUCAAGAGUAGAAGACCAUACAAGGACCAACAUCCCAAAAGAUUUGACCGGUAGAAUGGCCAUUGAAUUACCAAGAGGUCCUGACCAGUAGAUUGACCAUAUAUAUUUGCCAGUAGGUCUUGUCCAGCAGUGUAUAACUUUAAAAUUGACAAUAGCUCUUAACUACUUUAGUGGCCAUAAAAAUUGCCAAUAGGUCUUGACCAGUUAAGUGGCUGUAGCAUUGGGAAUAGAAGUCAACAAGCAGCAUGAUUUUAGUAGGUUUCAACCAGCAGAGUGGCCAUAGCUUUGAAUGUAAGUCUUGAGGUGUAGAAAGGCCAUAGAAUUACUAAUAUGUUUUGAUUACAGAUCUGCCAAUAGAUCUUGACCAGUAGAGUGACCAUAAAAAUUGCCAAUCCUAAGCAGUAUGACCUUAGAAUUGCUAAUAGGUCUUGACCACUAAAGUGGGCGUCGAAUUGCCAAUAGGUCUUGACCAACUGCAGUUAGGUUUCGACCAGCAGAGUGUCCAUAGUUUUGCAUGUAGGUCUUUGCUAGUAAAAUGGCCAUAUCAUUAGUAAUAGGUUUUGAUUAGUAGAGUGGCUGUAGAAUUACCAAUAUAUAUUGUCCAGCAGAAUGGCCACGAAAUUGUCAAUAGCUUUUGACCACCAGAAUGUUAAUAAAAGGUUAAAGCUGUCUUAGGAAGUUCCUGCGUAUAGAUCAACAUUUUUCUUGUGGUUUUAUUCUUACUUACGGUAAAUUAAAAGCCAAGGAAUUGUAUUUAUGUGAGAAUUAAUUUACAUGAGCAGCACAUUGUUUAUAGUGCAUCUAUAAUCUUUCUGAAAAUGACCGUUUCUCAUUCCUACACCACCGUAAAUAUACAGUUGCAAGAAGAAGUAUGUGAACCCUUUGGAAUGAUAUGGAUUUCUGCACAAAUUGGUCAUAAAAUGUGAUCUGAUCAUGAUCUAAGUCACAACAAUAGACAAUCACAGUCUGCUUAAACUAAUAACACACAAAGAAUGAAAUGUUGCCAUGUUUUUAUUGAACACACCAUGUAAACAUUCACAGUGCAAGUAGAAAAGUAUGUGAACCCUUGGAUUUAAUAACUGGUUGAACCUCCUUUGGCAGCAAUAACUUCAACCAAACGUUUCCUGUAGUUGCAGAUCAGACGUGCACAACGGUCAGGAGUAAUUCUUGACCAUUCCUCUUUACAGAACUGUUUCAGUUCAGCAAUACUCUUGGGAUGUCUGGUGUGAAUCGCUUUCUUGAGGUCAUGCCACAGCAUCUCAAUCGGGUUGAGGUCAGGACUCUGACUGGGCCACUUCAGAAGGCUUAUUUUCUUCUGUUUAAGCCAUUCUGUUGUUAAUCUACUUCUAUGCUUUGGGUCAUUGUCCUGUUGCAACACCCAUCUUCUGUUGAGCUUCAGCUGGUAGACAGAUGGCCUUAAGUUCUCCUGCAAAAUGUCUUGAUAAACUUGGGAAUUCAUUUUUCCUUCGAUGAUAGCAAUCCGUCCAGGCCCUGACGUAGCAAAGCAGCCCCAAACCAUGAUGCCCCCACCACCAUACUUCGCAGUUGGGAUGAGGUUUUGAUGUUGGUGUGCUGUGCCUUUUUUUCGCCAAACAUAGUGUUGUGUGUUUCUUCCAAACAACUCAACUUUGGUUUCAUCUGUCCACAGAAUAUUUUGCCAGUACUGCUGUGGAACAUCCAGGUGCUCUUGUGCAAACUGUAAAUGUGCAGCAAUGUUUUGUUUGGACAGCAGUGGCUUCCUCUGUGGUAUUCUCCCAUGAAAUCCAUUCUUGUUUAGUGUUUUACGUAUUGUAGAUGUUAGCAUUUGCCAGUGACUUUUGUAAGUCUUUAGCUGACACUCUAGGAUUCUUCUUCACUUCAUUGAGCAGUCUGCGCUGUGCUCUUGCAGUCAUCUUUAUCUUUACAGGACGGCCACUCCUAGGGAGAGUAGCAGCAGUGCUGAACUUUUUCCAUUUAUAGACAAUUUGUCUUACCGUGGACUGAUGAACGGCAAGGCUUUUGGAGAUACUUUUAUAACCCCUUCCAGCUUUAUGCAAGUCAACAAUUCUUAAUCGUAGGUCUUCUGAGAGCUCUUUUGUGCGAGGCAUCAUUCACAUCAGGCAAUGUUUCUUGUGAAAAGCAAAAACCAGAACUGGUGUGUGUUUUUUAUAGGGCAGGGCAGGUGUAACCAACACAUCCAAUCUCAUUGAUUGGACUCCAUUUGGCUGACAUCUCACUCCAAUUAGCUCUUGGAGAUGUCAUUAGUCUAGGGGUUCACAUACUUUUUCCACCUCCACUGUGAAUGUUUACAUGGUGUGUUCAAUAAAAACAUGGCAAAAUUUCAUUCUUUGUGUGUUAUUAGUUUAACACCUUAAGGACCGUCAUCGGCAUUUUUACAUUGCCGACCGGUGACGGUCCUGAACUGUCCUAACAGUCUUAGUUACUUACCAGAUCGCCGGCGGCGAUCAGCGGUGCUCCCGUUGUGGGGAGACUGCCUGCAGCCCAGACAGUCUCCCCACACUGGAUUAGGACCCCUGUGGCCAUGUGAUCGCUCAACACAGCGAUCACAUGGUCACAAUAGGUGUCCAUAUGUCUGCCUGCAGGGGGACUGCCUGUGCUGACAGGCAGUCUCCCUGCAACUGUAAAAUCAUAAAAAAAAAAUACAGUUAAUGUUAAUAUAAAAAAUUUUUUUUUUAUAUAUAUAUAUAUAUAUAUAUAUAUAUAUAUAUAUAUAUAUAUGUAUAUGUAUAUGUAUAUGUAUGAAUGAUAUAUAGACGUAUUAAAACAUGUAUUUUUUUCAAUUUUCAUCAUUUUUUUAUUUAUUUUUUAAAUUAAAUUACAUGAGAUUAUAUAAAUAAUAGUAUGUAAAGAAGGCCCCUUUUGUCCUGAAAAAAACAAUAUAUAAUUUGUAUGGGAACAGUAAAUGAGAGAGCGGAAAAUUACAGCUAAACACAAACACCACAAAAGUGUAAAAAUAUGUACAACAUCGCAAAAACAGUCCGGUCCUAAAAGGGACCCUCCAGCCAACCCAUUUUACUCACCUGGUUCCAGCGCCGGGAGCCUUGUGACCGCGCGCGAGCAGGGAGCAAUCAGACGCUUCCAUUUGAAGUAUGUGCCGCACAUACGCAUAUACUUCAGAGGACGGCAUUCCUGAGCGCACUACCGCGCAUGCACACGGUGUGCGCGGCCAGGAGCUGAGCUGACUGCUCAGCUCGCGGUCUUUGCCCGCCCCCUCUCCUCGGCUGACAGGCAGGAGAGAAAAGGCGCACACACAGUGCCUUCUCUCUCCUGCACACGUCAGACGUAUUUUAAUACGUCUGACAUGUAUAGGGCCUUUUUAGGGCCCUACAUGUUAGGAAGUCCCUCUGGUGGCCGUCUGAGUGACGGCCCCUGGAGGUAUUCCUAUCAAUCAAUGUAAACACUGUAUUUUCUCUUAGAUUGCCUGCAGGGAGCUAUAGAUCUCACCUGAACAACUACAUUAAGCUGUAGUUGUUCAGGUGACUAUAGUGACCCUUUAACCCCUUAAGGACAGAGCUUCAGAAGCUUGUCUUUCACUUAAUGACAACAGCAUUUUUUGCUGUUUGCGUUCAAUUGCAAUUUGCAUUUUACUAAUUUAUUGCACCGACACAUAUUAUUAUAUACCGUUUUUUUAAAGGACAGAAAGGGCUUUAAUUUGAUGUAACAUAUAUACUUAUUUAUUAUAAAAAAAAUACAGAAAAAUGCAAAAAAAAUUAAAAAUGUUGUUUUUUUUGUUUGUUUGUUUUUUUACAGUUUUUGCAAUGUAUGCACAAUUAGUGCAGGUUAAGGAAAGUAAUUAAAAAUAAAUUCAUUUAGUUGUUCUGAUUUACAGAAUAUAUAAUGUGUCUGGGAUUUUAAGUUUUUUUUGGUAGUUACAGGUCACAAAGCACAAGGAGUAAACUAAACCUUUAAUGUCGAGCGAUUUUAGAAUUUGGUAUGUUUGUCUUGUAAGCUUAAUUGCCAUAAAAGAAAACAAAAUUGCCACACAAAAGUAUAUAUUUAUAUAAAGUAGACAUCACGGGCUAUUUACCUAAGGUUGUUUUGACACUUUCUACGUAGCCAUUUCACCGCCAACCUCUGCUAAAUAUUGGAGUAAAAUUGUGUUUUUGGGGGUUUUUGGCACACAAACUUAUAACAAAGAAAUUCUCAUGUGUAUUUUGUAAAGUUGGUGUGUGCUAUUCCUGUACAAAGUUUUAUUUUGUGUUCAGUUACAUCUGCUGAGUAAAAGGACACCCCCAUUGUAUGUCUUUGGCACUAUUUCGUGAAGUUACAGUGCCAUAUAGGAUACCUGUCCUUUUCAGUAUUCACAGUAGAAUUUAAUGAGCCUAUGCUUCCAUUUGGGGUAUUAUAGUAGUUUGACUGUUCAAAAAAAAAAAACCUCAAAGGCCUACCAUUUGUAAAAGUAGACACUCCAGGGUAUCUCAUAAAGUGCAUAUUGUGCAUUAACAUGCCCCCAUUUUUUCACCAAUAUAUGCCAAAGUAUGUGGUAAAAAAUAAUUUUGUGCAUUUUUUACAUACGGAUUGCAUUUUUCUGGGCAUUUUGUAUAUUUCAUAUGUACCACUAAGUUCAAACCCCCAAAUUAUGCUCAGCUAAGUCUUCUGAGUAAAAGGACACCCCCAUCGUAUGUCUUUGGCACUAUUUUGUGAAGCUACAGUGCCAUAUAGGAGACCUGUCCUUUUCAGUAUUCACAGUAGAAUUUUGAGAGACGGAUUUAAUGAGCCUUAGCUUCCAUUUGGGGUAUUAAAACAGUUUGACUGUUCAAAAAAAACCCACAAAGGCCUACCAUUUGUAAAAGUAGACACUCCAGGGUAUCUCAUAAGGUGCAUAUUGUGCCCUAACAUGCCCCCAUUUUUUCACCAAUAUAUGCCAAAGUAUGUGGUAAAAAAUAAUUUUGUGCAUUUUUUACAUACGGAUUGCAUUUUUGCUGGGCAUUUUGUAUAUUUCAUAUGUGCCACUAAGUUCAAACCCCCUAAUUUAUGCUCAGCUAAGUCUUCUGAGUAAAAAGACACCCCCAAUGAAUGUCUUUGGCACUAUUUCGUGAAGCUACAGUGCCAUAUAAGAGACCAAGCCAUAUCAGUUUUUACUGAACUUUGAAUUUUGACGCUGGGUCUACGUGCUAUUUCCAAGCAUCUUCGCAGGUUUUAAGUUCAAACUACCCCACAAAGGCCUACCAUUUCUUAAAGUAGACACCCCAGGGUAUUUCAAAAGGUAUAUUUUGAACCUUAGCGUGGGAUCAUUUUUCCGCUAGCUUGUACCAGGUGUAGUGGUAAUAAGUGUUUUUUCUGCCUUUUUGACACACAAAGUGAGUUUGCACAGUAUAUUUUGCAAACCUUAUGUGUGCUACCACUGUAUAAUACUUCAUAUGUUGCUCAGCUAUGUCGGCUGAGUACAGCAAUACCCCCGUAUGUACCUUUGCCAGGUAUAUGUUGACAUCGGAGGGGCACAUUUGGGACACAGCCAUUCCAGUUUUUUUCAAACUUUACAUUUUUACGCUGUGCCCAUGUCCCAUUUUAGAGUAUUUUACCAGGCUAUAUAAUCCAAAUACACCAUAAAGCUAUACCAUUUUUAAAGAAGACAUCCCUGGGUAUUUUAAAAGGCAUAUUUUGAACCUUAGCGUGGGGUAAUUUUUCCGCUAGCUUGUACCAAGUGUAGUGGUAAUAAGCGUUUUUUUCUGCCUUUUUGACACACAAAGUGAGUUUGCGCAGUAUAUUUUGCAAACCUUAUGUGUGCUACAACUGUAUAUUACUUCAUAUGUUGCUCAGCUAUGUCGGCUGAGUACAGCAAUACUCCCGUAUGUACCUUUGCCAGGUAUAUGUGGAUGUUGAAGGGGCGCAUUUGAGACGCAGCCAUUCAGUUUUUUUCUAACUUUGAAGUUUUACGCGGUGUCCAUGUUCCAAUUUGGAGUAGUUUAGACGGUUGGUUAUUGAAACUUCCCCACAAACACAUACUAUUUAUUAAAGAAUACACCCUGGGGUAAUUCAAAAGGCAUAUUUUGAACCUUAGCGUGGGAUCAUUUUUUCUCUAGUUUGUUCCAGGUGUAGUGGUAAUGAGCGUUUGUAAAUGUAUUUUUUUACUUUUUGAAACUUUUUUUACUUUUUGAAACUUUUUUACUUUUAAAAACUAGUUUUUAAACUUUUGUUUUGCUUAUUAAUUUUUUUUAAACUUUCUUAAAACUUUUUUACAGAUUUAACAUUUUUCUAAGCUUUUUUUUUACCGUUAAACCCUAACUAGCAGUAAGCAGCACUAACAGUAAAUUCCCCAUUUUCCCAUAACUCCCACCCACCCCAGCUAGCAAAAUAUAUAGUUAUAAAAUAUUUAAAUUAAUUAAAUAAAUUAAACCCCUGAGGGUUAAAAAAUAAAUAAAAAUUAAUCCUCAGGGGUUAAAAAAAAUUAGAUCACCGUAUAAUACUGUGAUCUGUAUUUUGAUCACUGUAGGCAGUGAUCGACUGGCAGGGAAGGGAUUAAUUUUUAUUUGGACUGGGUAAAGGGGGGUGUUUUUUUAUUUUUUACUUAAAAGUUAUUUAAACUUUUUUUAAAGCUUAAUUUUUAACUUUUUAAAGUUUAUUUUAAAACUUUUUUUUAUCGUUAACCCCUAGUUAGCCUAAGGUCAAAUCCCACAAUUCCCCAUUAACUUCCACCCACCCCAGCUAGCUAAAUAUAUCAUUUUUAAAUAUUUAAAUUAAUUAAUUAAAUAAAUUUACCCUGAGGGUAAAAAAAAAAAUAAAAAUUAACCCUCAGGGGUUAAAAAAAAAAAAUCAAAUGACAGUAAAAUGUAAUCCCUGCCAAUUGAUCACUGUAGUCAGUGAUCAAUUGGCAGGGAAGGGGUUAAUUUUUUUAUUAAAAUGGGUAAAGGGGGGUGGGAUUUUAAAUUAACUUUAAUUAUUUUAUUUUUUUCAACAGGGGCAGGAUCAUCACUGAUUCGUCUCCCUGCACUUCACACAGAACCAGGAAGUGCAGGGAGGCGGAAGGUGAGUAUACUACGCACAUGUGCUUGCUCUGACAUGCUGUCAGAGCAAGCACAUGUGCUGGGCAGCACUAUCGGGUGCUCCCGGUCUGCCUCUAAUACAGAGGUAGACCGGAGCACCAUUAACCCCGCGAUAGCGGAGAUCCAGGGUUAAUUUUACCGCGUGACGGACAAGGUCCGUCACUCGUCGGUAAGGGAUUCCCCUGAGUGACGGAUCUUGUCCGUCACUCGGCGUUAAGGGGUUAAGCAGACUGUGAUUGUCUAUUGUUGUGACUUAGAUCAUGAUCAGAUCACAUUUUAUGACCAAUUUGUGCAGAAAUCCAUAUCAUUCCAAAGGGUUCACAUACUUUUUCUUGCAACUGUAAUUGAAGCACUUACUGCUGGGUAGUACAGCUGAGGUAAGUAAACAGCACACUUUGAAUCUGAAGCACUUUCCAUGUCAGGAUUGACAUCAUUGCCCAAAAAUGCUUGGCACACUCAUGUGAGUGUUGGAUAACUGUUGAACCUUGGGCAUAUCUCCAUUAUGACAGUACUGCUCCAAGUGAAAAAAAAAUAGAAUUCACCAUUACCACUGCAGAUUAUAAACAUGGACUUUCAUGUCACCUUACAGUAAUUAAUGUACAGAUAAAUCUACCUACUUUCAAAAUGAUUUGUAAACGAGAAUAUUGGUGAAACAUGAUGUACAGGAAUGUGCUUGAAUUCUAAUAAUUAUAAAGUAACUCCCCCAUCACGAAUUAGGCUUACUAAAGUAUCAUUAUUUUUUUCCCUUUAAUUCCAUUUUAAAGUACCUUUAAAAAGUCAUUGUUCGAAUUGAGCUUUGUCUUUGAUUAAUGCGUUAAAUAAUAAUUUCAUUUAGAGGUACUGUGCUCUGCGCUCCAACUGCCUUCCCUUUCUGUUAAAUUGAUUAGAACACUAGACUGCUAUGAACAGUGUAAUUAUCACAUGUGGCUUGGGUUGCAUUCGAGCAUUGCAGGCAUUUUCCUACCAUUAAAUAAAUUCCCUCAGGAGCUGAUUAUUUGACGCCAUCAAAAUUGCCUACUUAGUUCUCUGUGAAAAAUAAAUGUUCAGAUGAAGUGGAUUAAUAUAUUAUUGUAGCCAAGCUAAGACUUGUUACAAAGAAGCUGCAGAGAAACAGCUUUAAACCUCUGAUGACUAAAUUAGAAACAAACUUUUCAAGGUACAAUGAUGAUACGAUGUCUGUGGGAUUCAUUAGUUUUACGUCGUCGUUGUUUUGAUAUCCUGCCCUGUACAAACGUCCUACAUAAAGGGUAUCUUGCUUUUUGUAUAUACUGUCUACUCUAAGUAUCCCCACCUGUUAAUAUCCUGGAAGAGCUAGUACUCUUAUAUUGUGUUUGUGCUUAUAAUCUGUAACAAUCUAACAUGGCAUUUUACUUCAAGUAAAUGUAAAGUCUUAAAUAUUAAUUUACAAUCAAUGCCUUGUAAGCCGUGCUAUUUAGAUUGCUUGCAAUGUUUAAGCACGUUGCUCAUUAUCAGUGGCUUACAUUUUGAUAACCAUGGUCACCUUAGUUAUAAGCCUUUUUGAUUUGUUUUUAUCCUCAUUAGAACAUAAAAAUAUGUGCAUGGUACCUGUUAAUUCAUGCACCAAGAAGCCAUCAUAUACUCAUUGUAGCAAUGCUGCCAUAGCUGUAUUUAUGGUAAUUGGAGUGUCAUCCUCCUACCUGCUUGCAUAUUAGUUACUAAUGACCGGUUACCGAGUACUCCACUGGUCGAUUAACUCCCUUUACGGAUUUGCCAUUGAACUAAAUUAGUCAAUACAAAUCUCUGAGUGCUGUCUUUUCCAGAGGUUCAUGAAACGGACUUCUGUAGAACAUAAUCUGUGUCAAAAAUGUAGUGAUAAGUGUAUUCUUUAUACAUUGUGGCAGCAGAUAUACUCAGUCUUUGAUCUGUGUGGCAUGACAUCAGUAAGCUGGUCACUGUAACAAUUAACAUUUUAAUUACUAGUGAUAUGACCAUCAUCAUGAAAAGCCACCCUACCGCAUUGAAUCGGUUAGAAAUACACACGUCAUUCCUUCCCCUAUAUAUGCUUAGCAUGCUAAAUACCCUGUGUAUUUUACUGACUGACUGUUGUACAAUGUUAAAUUUUUGUUCCAGCUUGUCUUUCACUGUUUUCGAUAUGUCUGGCCAGGGAAGAUACAGGAAUCUCUGGGAGCACUAUUACAAGUAAGUACAUUAAACCCCAUUUUCUAGUUCGUGAAUAAUGCUUCUGCUGGCCUAAAGAAUAAGCAAUUCAGACUUGGUAACUGUCAGGUCUCUACAGGUUGCCCAUACCUGCCUUCAGACUUUUUUAAAAUUGUACCCACAAUAUGUGAUUAUUUUUUUUAAAUAUAUUUUUCUAAUUUUUUUUUUGCAAAGUCAUUAAACCCUGCUUUUUUAAAUUAUCAGAAAUUAGUUGGUGACAUUUAGAAGAAUUUUCAUGCAGAUUAAUCUACUGCCUUGCACUGGAUAUCCAUCGGUCAAUUAACCACUUUUUUCAUUUUAUAUGACUUAAACUACCCAGAAUUAACUGGUAGGCCAUGUCAGUGUGUGAAUCCUGAAUAGUAUAUCACUGUUAAUGUUGAAUUGUUACUACACAAUUUGAAAGAUGCCUGUGUCCUGGUUGAAAAUGGCUGUAUGUAUUCUGCAGGGUUUUUCACUAUAAGUGAAAAUUGGUGUGACCUUUAUAUUGUUUCCAAUUGUUUUAAACCUGUUACAGGUUGUACUCAUUCAUUCCAAUGUCUCCAGCUGGAUUUUAACAGCAAUCAAUCCUUCAGAUUCCAACAUACAAUGAAAUGUCAAACUGGGUUCAAUAGCUCAUUUGUAUGGAGGGGAACACGCGAUCAUCAUCUUCCCACGGAACAUGAAUGUAGCAGGUCCACUUACAUAUGAAGUAGCAGUUUACCAGUCCUGACAAGUAGUCUCUCCAGGGAGGGUGAUCACAUAUUUUAGCACUCUCGACAUUUAAAUGCCACAUUAUUACCUUGCCAAUCAAGUAGAAAAAUCACGUUGCAGCUGACUGGUUUGUCAGGCAUAAAAACUUACACAGGCACUUAUAGGGUUAUUUACUAAAGUAAAUGUAAAAUUUAAAGCCAGAGAACUGAACUGAAAGCAUAGUUGACUUAGAUAUUUUUUUCCCCCAGCUAUUUUAUCCUUACAGUUGCUAUUCACUUUGAAUUGUCACCUUAUUGAAUAACCCUGUAAAUAUUCUCAAUUAGUCUGUGCAUCCACCAAAAGUACUGGGGGGUUUCUGAAGUUUCUCUAAAACUGAAUGUUUUACAUUGCAGCACUAAGUGUAAUAGGGACACUGCACCCAGACCACAUUAAUGAGCUGAAGUGGUCUGGGUGCCUAUAGUGUCCCUUUAAGGCAGACUCAGAAUUGUUGCUGAAUUAGGCCCAGCCAAAUGUAUACAUCCCCAAUCCCGCAGUAUAAAUAUACUUGUGUUUGAUCCAUUGCAAUCUAAUUUAUAUAAAAGAGCUUCCAAUUUUAAGUCCAAUGUUACUAGCCAGGCGUUAACAGUUGCUCACAAGUGCAAGCUCAGAGAGUCCAUGGCACUCUAACUAGAGUUGGAUUUCUUCUCACCAGGGCUACAUUUUCUCUUGCAAAUGGCUAGCGAUGACUAGAAAGUAUUAAAUGACUAGAAUAUUAAAUAUGUCCUGCAAUACUGAUAGAUACAUUCUCUCCCAAUAAGCUUUAUACACAAGUGAAGUUUCAUUUUGAUUUGCAAUGCAGAACUAAACGUAACUAAUGCAAUGUUUCACUCUUACAACAUUUCUUUGCCAGGGCUUUUUUCUGUUCCUCCACAGAGGCUUUGAAUAUUGCAUCUCCCUCAUCCCUCAUAGUACAAAAAGUUUUGAAGGCAAUUUUUAUGGCUGCAUUCUAACAGCCAAGUGGGUAGAGGGAGUGAGGAGUCUGGCAUCAUUCACUAGAGCACAGGGAUUAUUGCAGACUGCUAAAGCAAUUGGCAAAGCCCUACAUAGUAUAGGAAGUUGGUGUACUUCUUUGUACUGUUUGCACUUAUUGUGUCUAUUAAAAUAUUUAUUUAUUUUUGCAUUGUUUGCAUUUUUAGAAAGCUGAAUUUGUAAAAAAUACCAUCAGGUUCCUUACAAAUACAUGUGAGAAAAAUAUCUGACCAUUUUUCUGCAUCCUACUGUAACUAACUGUUAAUCUAUAAAACCUCUUACCCCCCUCCUCAUUUUAUUGUAAAAGAAUGAACAGUCAAAUGAAAAAUAAAAAGCGGAAUAUUACGUUUAUUUGAAUGUAUCCUGGAACAGUAUACACACAGAGUUGUAGGCAGUUUUUAGAGUUACAAGUGAUGUAGAAGUAGAAAUAAAACUAUAGUUUUAUAUAACGUUUUAUAUAACUGUAGGAAUGUAAUACAUGUCCCUGUGGACUAAUUGAAGCUGUAGGGGAGAAUGAUAAAGGUUUAUGUUAUUUUCAUGCAUCUGUCUGAGAUCUCUUUGAGGUGUGCGCAAUGUAGACAAGUCACGUUGUUUUUCACGUAAGAGUGCAGUUAAUGGAGUUCUGCUUAAAGCUAUAGUUUUAUUAAAUGUUCCACAGAUUUGGGAUUGUUAGGCAAAUGUUCUGCAUUGGUAGAGCAUUUAGAAGGUAACAUCUUGAAUGUCAAGGGAGACAUAUUUGUUGUCUAGACUGGCAAAUUAUGACUGAUGCAAAUUUGUUGGAGUUGAAGAAAAGUGCAUUGUGUAAUAAUGCUGUCAGUAUGGAAGACAAUAGAGGUUCCUUAUGUCAUAAUACCAUUCUGCCAUUUUGGUAAGAAUAGUACGAAUGUUAAAGAAACAUGUAUUCCUAAAACUAUAGUGCUAGGGUAAAUGUUAAGUCCCCAGCCCCCCUCAGAUUGGAAUGAAAAGGUUUUUAGCUUACCUUUUCUCCCUCGCCACACCAGUCUCACCACGGCUGGCCCAACUUCCAUAGCUAAGAUAAUCAAUCAGCAUCUCCUCAUAGAGAUGCAUUUAAUCAAUGCAUCUCUAUGGGGAGCAUUCAGAUUCUCCAUGCAGAACAGCACUUAGAAAGGAAGCACCUCUAGUGGUCGUAUGAGUAACUGCCACUAGAGUUGUUACUAGGCAGCAAUGAAAACACAGAAUUUUCUCUAAAAAGGAUAACUGAGCUUGGGGGUCACUGGGAUUAUUGGUGAGGACCAGGUUUGUAGAUGUCAUUAGCUGCUAAAAGUGAGAUAUUUGAAGGUUUUUAUGGUUUAGGGGUGUGCACCUGAUGGAGAGAGAUGUGGUAAUUGAGGAAUAUGAAUGCAGAAUUCAGAUGCGGUGAACUGUAUGUGUAAUUUGAGUUAUGGAAUAUAGAGAAAGAGGUGUAAAUGUAUAAAAACACCAUUGUUUUUAUUGGUAUGGUUGAGUAAAUCUUACUGUAUCCACACAGCCUAGGCGAGCCAUCUGAUGUGAGAGGGUUUCUAUUCACAUUUAUUUGCAGUAUCACACUAAUUAGAAUAUUAUCCUGCGGUGCACUUUGGGAAUGCCAGCUGUGCGAUACAUUGCAGAUCAUCUUCCAAUACCGGCUUCCGCUCCCCACCAUAAGACCAGACUCACCAAGCCGUGCAUGUGUUUGUUUUGGGAGUGUGUUUUUUUUUAUCUAAAUGUCAAAAUCAACUUCACUUAUAUUUAUCAAAAUGAUGUGCCACUUCCAGAUCUAUUUAUAAGUGUCUGAAUAAGCCGUGUUUCACCUGAGCUGUUUAUAGCUGUGAUUGGGGAGAUGUCUGCUGAAUCAUAAAACUGUCUUGUUGAGUUUGUCACGGAUGUAUUGAAGGCUGAAUACCUGAAAUCCUUCAGCUCCUAGAUAUACAGUAAUUUAGGAGCGUGUUCUGUAUAUGAAUAUAUGUCCUUUACAUUUUAACUAGGAUCGGUCUCUAAAAAUACUAUCGCACAAUAAUUAAAAUAACAUUUAAACAAUAGCCUGCAAAUUUUCAGUGGGUGCAAUUCCUCUUUAUUCUCACCCCAGAAACUGCAAUUGAAGUGUUUACUACAGUGAGAUGUGCAUCAGAGAGACACUUACAAACAAGUUUGCCAGUACUGUGCUUCCUGAUUAGCAUUGCUACCAUCUUCCUGAGAUGCUCCGCAUUGACAUAGUCAUCGGGAACCAUUUUUCCUGCUUUUCUCUAAAUUACUUGACAUCUGCGUCAGAUGCCACACUGUGUCAGAAGAACUGAAAAAAGCUACUUCUGUCUGACAGUUAUUCACUCAUUUCUGAUUCUUUUUAAAUUUAAAUCUGAAUGGCAAAAUAUUCCACCCGCAAGCUUAAAGGGACACUAUAGUCACCUGAACAACUUUAGCUUAAUGAGGCAGUUUUGGUGUAUAGAACAUGCCCCUGCAGCCUCACUGCUCAAUCCUCUGCCAUUUAGGAGUUAAAUCCCUUUGUUUAUGAACCCUAGUCACACCUCCCUGCAUGUGACUUGCACAGCCUUCCAUAAACACUUCCUGUAAAGAGAGCCCUAUUUAGGCUUUCUUUAUUGCAAGUUCUGUUUAAUUAAGAUUUUCUUAUCCCCUGCUAUGUUAAUAGCUUGCUAGACCCUGCAAGAGCCUCCUGUAUGUGAUUAAAGUUCAAUUUAGAGAUUGAGAUACAAUUAUUUAAGGUAAAUUACAUCUGUUUGAAAGUGAAACCAGUUUUUUUUCAUGCAGGCUCUGUCAAUCAUAGCCAGGGGAGGUGUGGCUAGGGCUGCAUAAACAGAAACAAAGUGAUUUAACUCCUAAAUGACAGUGAAUUGAGCAGUGAAAUUGCAGGGGAAUGAUCUAUACACUAAAACUGCUUUAUUUAGCUAAAGUAAUUUAGGUGACUAUAGUGUUCCUUUUAAUUGAGUUGGAGAGUUUUUCCAGAGCUGCUAUUUUUGUCUACAUUUUACAAUUUGUAUUUAAAUUAUUUUUUUCUGAUGAUGCUACCACUUGCAUUCUUUAUUUUCAUACAAUUCCUGGCUGGGCUACCCAAGUUAAUCCAGGCCUAUUUAUUUGUGACUAUAUCCACAUACAUACGUUUUCGUUUCUAAUGCUUUUUAUUGUUUAGGAUUCGGUUGUAUUGAUUCUUACAUUUUAAAGGCUGUAUAGAUCUGUAAAUAUAUUUAAUGCACCCCCAUGUAAGGAAUCGUUAAUUUCUUCUCCAGACUACAGAAGCCUUCUCUUGUUCAUAAAGAGUGAACUUAAUAAAGGACUGAAAAAAGUAGUGUAAGCCAUACUACUGGAAUAACUAUUAAAGGUUAUUCGGUUAAGAGGAGUGAAAAAGGUAAAAAGCUGGUUGCUGUGAACCUGUUUCCAAAGUGAAUUAUUUGCUUUUCUAUAAAUCUGUUUCUCUUCUUUCCACGCUGCAGGGAAGGCCAAGCUAUUAUUUUUGUCAUUGACAGCAGUGACAAGCUCCGAAUGGUUGUGGCCAAAGAGGAACUGGAGACCCUUUUAAAUCACGCAGGUGAGAUUGCUGUCUCUCCCCCUCUCCCUUUCUCAUCAGAUGGUGUGUUUGUUUUUUUUAGAAAAACUCAUCUUGUCAGCACCGCCGUUGCCGCUGACGCCUGCUACUGAAGAGCACUCAGCUCGAAUGAUGUAUGUCAGCAGUUUAAACACCUCAAGUCUUUCUGACGGAUUUUAAUCUCAGCCUCCUGAGCUGUGACUGCCCUCCAUCCCAGCGUAGUAUUGGCCUAACAAAACUUCCGUGGCUUCAGAUACAUUAAAGCAAAAUGUAUUGAUUUUAAAAUUGGAGCACUGCUAGCAGUUGGUUGAUAUUCCAUUCAUCUACACACAAUGGCAGCUCGCCCAGCAAAUGUAAAAAAAAAAAAAAAGGUGGGGUAGCUGCCACUUUAACCCUUUCAGAUCUAACAAACCAGCCUUUAGAGAUCACAUAUCAAAAUGGAACGGCACAGUCAUUUAAAGGUAGCUGUUCUGUAUAGAGCAGAUAGGGACCAGAUUGUGAUGAAAGCAUAAAUGAACAUGUUAAUAUUGGUCAUUAAAGUGGUUUUAUUUACUUUAAAAGAAUAUAAAAUUCCAUUUGUAUGUUGCAGCAGCAGAAUUGCUAGCAAAGGUAAAGGCUGUAUUUUUGCACUGUACUAUUUUGUUUAUUGUUUUAAUUAUACGGAUCCCUGAGGAAGUCCUCGGAUGAGGACGAAACGUGUAGGACCGUUAUUUUAACUAUAUUUGUGCAUUUUUACACAAUUUUGUAUCGAAUAAAUAUCCUUUUGGAGAGAAUACAUCUUUGGAGCACUUUUCAAGGUGCCGGAACUUCAUUCUACUGGCUUGGUGGAUAACCCCCUAUUUGAUAUUGUGGGUGGCACCCAUAAGGCGCUUGUUACAUUGGAAAUUUGUGAGCGCAACUGUGUAAUUGUUUUAUACAUAUACAUCAAACAAUAUUUGCAUGUUAUGUCCUUAAUUUUAGGUACAGCAGCAGGGUCCCUAAAUUCUCUUUGUGUUUAUAUAUGCUAGCAAAUGUAUAGCCUGGGAGAUAAACCUUUUUAUAAAUAAAUUGCACCCACAUCUGUCAAUUGAUUAUUCGAUAUCAAGUCAGAAUAUUCCUUUUUGCUGAGGAUUGAUUGACAGGUGGGAGGGAGGAGGGAGAGCAGGAGAAUCAUUUUACUGGCAGUUCUGUGGUUCCUCUCGAUCCAGCACUCGUAGGGUGUAGUAAAAAAAAAAUGUUACUCCAUUUAGAUGCCGCUACAUCUAAAUGGAGCUAUAUUUACAAAGGGAGCUGCAGUCUUGAAGUGUUUUCCAUUAUAUUUGUGAAAUCAGUUGAUCAGUUUGUUUAUUGUAAAAGUGGACAUCUAAAAAAAACUCAGCAGAGGUUAGGACCACAAAAUUGGGGGAUCUCCUAACACCCUGAGCUGAUUCCCUCUGCCUCCAAUGUCAUUAUGAAUGAUUUCUCUGCCUCAUUAUCAUUAUUAACAUUUGUACGGCGUGAGCAUGCAUUAUGUGCUAACACCCUGCAAUAUUAGCAGUUGGUUUGUGAUUAUAAUUCUCUGGGAACCCCCAAUCUUUUGUCAAACUGCAUGAAUACUGCACAAAAAGGCUCCGUGCACCAUAAGCACUGCAAAAAGUUGUAGUAAUUAUGGUGUUUAGAUUGUUCCUUUUAAAGGUUUCAGUUUGACAGUAUAACAUUCUAAACACUUAAAAACAAUAAAGUCACCCAGAACACUUCAUCUCGGCCAUGUCCCUCAUGCCCCUCUAUAGGAGGAGCAUUGGGUAGCUAUAUAGAACUAGGGACAGGUGGACUAGAAUGUUGGGAAUACAGGUUUGUCCUGAGACUAAUGAAAAAAUGUAUUUCGUUUCACCUUAUAGAGCACUGAGCUCCCUAAUUUGGUAAACGGAGGCAUUUCAUGACAGUGAUGAGUUUGGAACCUUUCACUUUCCCUUAAAAUGUCAUGCAUUCAAAACAUUUUUGUGACUCUAAGCAAUGAUUAUGCUAUUAUUUAUCACUGACAAUAUAUUAAGCCCUGGGUUCAAUUUAACCCUUUGGGUGUUUGCCAAGUUCAGAUCUUCAAAGAAUCCAGCUGGUCAUCUAAAAGCCCACAAUAUGCCCUGGUUUUACCUUAGUUAUCUUUUCUUUCUGUAAUGGCUGUAAAACUAUGGAAUAUAAUUUCCUAUGCAGAAAAAAGUGCUGGAGAAUAGGUUUCCUGUGUUGUAGGUGAUCAUUACUUGAAGCGUUCCUGUCUAUCAAACCCCAUUAUUUCUGAGAGUUUCAUGUCAAGCCUGCUUCUAUAAUGUACUCACUGUCAUUUCAUUUUUACCUCCGUUCCAUUUCGGUAUCCUGGCACCUCAUCCUCUUCAUCCUGAAAAAGCGACUUUAGGUCAGCCUCCUAUUGGUCAUUGCUGGAUGAAAACUUUGAUCAUCAACUAAAUUGUUUCUGUCAGUUUCUUUUGAUGUAUAAAUCGUCUUUUUUUUAUUUAUUUUUUUUAACCCCGUUUCUUGUCUUGACAGUAAAAUAGGAGUCCUGAUAUAUCUGUGCCGCAGAAUUAAUAUUGUAUCACGUUUCUUAGUUUAGAUCUAUUUUAUACACAGGCAUUCUCUCCAUUUAUCUGCCAGUAGAACCUCAGCUACAGAAAUUGACACAUUUUAUUAGUUUACAAUAGUACAGCAUUGAUGUGCUUUUUAUGUACUUCAUUUACUUUGUGUUCCUCGGUUAAACACUGACAACAUAAUUUUUUGUUACCCUUUAUUUUAUUUUUUUACCUGGUGCUUUUGUCUAUAUUCUGUAUCUAGUGUACUAUGCAAAACCUUUCACAUUUGUCAAGAUAUGUGUCUGUUUAUUAUUAUUGUCUAUUCUAUAAUAUAUUAGCCAACACCUUCUGGAGAGAGAGAAUUUUCUUUUCAAGGUUACUUACCUUGAUUUGUGCAAUUUAUAACCUAUUUUAGCAGAUAUUUUGAUAUGUCGUUAAAACUUUGAGAUUGUUUUGGCAUUGCAGCAAAUGAACGGCAAAAGUUAUGAACUGGCUUAACUUUGUUACAACACCACUAAAGCAUUUUGUCCGAAGCAGGAGUUCUCCAUGGGAAACCACAAAAACUACAACUCUGUUUUCUAUUCACUAAAUGGUGGUGUGGUUCCAGAGGCUUAAAAAAGGAACACUUUAGCAGAAGUUUAACAGUUUAGUAGAUAUACCUCCAAGAAAACUUGCAUGUAACAAUUUUUGCAGGUUUUCUGUGGGUGUAUAUCAAAACUUGGCUUAGAUCUAGCAUCUGCAGCUUGAGGACUGGGUUGGGAACCACUGCUUUAAAGGGACACUAUAGACACCCAGAAGAAGUCCUGCGCACACCGCGCAUUUGCAUUAGGACGUUCUCCCGCUCCCUCGUGUUGGCUGACAUCUUCAGAGGAGGAGUGGAGGCGGAGCAUGACCCAGCGCCGAGGGACAUUGAUGCAGGAAUCCGGUCAAUGACAAAACUCUUUUUAACCCUUGAUCUGCUCCUGCAGGGUGGUGCAGAGUGUAAUAUAGUGCUAUGAAUAACCACAUUGUUCGCUUAUCACUAUAGUUUCCCUUUGAUAUUACUCUCUACCUCACAGCCCCUGCAAUGAAGAAAGAAUGAAGCCCAAAUGUAAGGCCCCUACUCUUUGCUUUGGGGGGAGUGAAUUACAGAAGACCCCAUGUUGUUUAUUGAUUUAUUACGUGAAGAGACUUGGUCAGCUCUCAGUACUAGAGAGCUAUCAUAGGACAUGUUGCUGUUUCCAGCUAUAAAUAACAGGCUUACGCCUACAAUUUCCCUAGCAUUGUUCAUUAUUACCACCUACACUAAGGAAAUAGUUCUGCUGCCUAUGCUUAGUUACAGUCAGAAUCCAGCCUUCGAACUGUGAUUGCAAAUAACAGAUAUUUAAACUAACUGACGUCAGCAGCAGAACAACUAUUUACACCUCCUAAUAAUUUUCCUUCAAUGGCAAUUAGUUUUCAGCAUAUUGGAAAGUUAGACAUAGUGGCAUAUAUUUAAGAAUAAACACUAUGUGCUACCAGGAGUAUAUGGUACGAUAGAAACUCUGAUGUGUUUUGGUGGAAAUGACACAUAGAGCAUCAACAAAAAUAGCUAAAUGAGAAUAGCAUAACAAGCUAAUAAUGAUGUACAGAAUUCCCUAGAAAUUGUGUAGCUUAGUUAAGUAACAUCUGUAGUUUCACAUGAAUUGUGUUUGAGGUCCUGUAUUGGUACAGCUUGUAUCGCACACAUUUUGGCGUGUUAAAGUAUUCCAGUCCCAGCAGAUGCUCCCCUUGUGUAUUUUUCAUUUUUAAAACAACAAAUUGGUCACAGGAAAUACUGUGGAUAUAUAGAUAAAAUUGACAGAACUUGCUUUGCGGAAACGUGGUUCAAUUAUGUCUGACAAAGAUCUCUGGUCUCUGUGGAUGGCUUUUCUCUGAAGCUUUAAAGUGGCAGUAAACAACUUCUUCUAAAUGUUUAUUUUCUUCAUUACCCAAUCUUUCUGAAUUCUGUAUCUUUCUUGGAGAAUAAACCUACUUAUGCUGUGCUAACACAGAUCUGAUAGGAGUGAACAUUCUUUUUUUUUUUUUUUUUUUUUACAACCGUGGAGACAGUACAAAAACUAUUUGUCGUCCGUGUGCCGAUACCAUGUUUACAGUAGCGGAAUGCACCGGGUACAAUAAAUAAUGUUUAAUAAAAAUGUUCAAAUGCAAAAAAAUGAUAGAAAAUACCCUAAAAAUAGAAUAACGUGUUUAUUAGCACUUGCAGUAUAAUCAGCUGUUGUGGAGGUGCCUGAAUAAGAUUUGUUUGGGAGAUAAAAUAGACAGCAGGCAUAUAGCUUAAAAGAUAUACUCAAAGGAACACUAUAUUCAAUCAGACAACUGUAUCUCAAUGGAGUGGUCUGGGUGCACUGUCCCUUAACCCUGCCAUGAGAAAUGUUUACCUUGCAGGGUUAACUCCUCCUAUAGUUGCUGUCACACUGAAAGCCACUAGAGGUACUUUCGCUGUACAGACCAAGUAAGACAUAGUCACGUGAUGCGGAAGCCCUAUGUGGAAUGUUGAAAUCCCACGUGGUGCUCGCCGUGCAUGUGCAUUAGGUCUCCAGUGCUUUGGAUUUGAUCACACAGGAAAAGGGCAGGGCAUUCUCUAUAAGAUCAGUGGAGCUUCCUCCGUGAUUUCAGUUGGGAAGGAGAGGUCAGAAACUGCCGAGAAAGCCUCGUCACUGGGAUAAGGUAAGUAAAAAAAAAAAAAAAAAAACUUUUUACCUAUUAUCAGUUUUGUUUUUAAAUUAUUAUUAUUAUUUUUUUUUUUUUUUUCGGUGGUGGGGACACUAUAGAGUUAGGAAUACAUUUGCUCCUUUAGUGGUGGGGACACUAUAGAGUUAAGAAUACAAUUUGCUCCUUUAAGUGAAAAUUUGUACCUGUUCGAAAAAAUAAAAACAAAUGGCACCAUACAAUGGACAAAAGAUACAUGUGCUCAGUAUAGCACAACUCCUAGUGUGAGGAUGCAUUCUAUGAAUUGUGAGAUGCCACCUUGUAACUAGGAGGAUUUGAGGCUGCACACACAGCUGCUUUUGGCCUCUACAUUUGAUAGCACAGCUGUAAGCAUUACGUCAAAAAAAUGCAAAGUGAAAUAGCUUUACCUAUGAGCUAACCAAGUAUAUGAAUGAAAUAUUCACUUUAAUCUUCUCUAUCCUGUAAAACCGUGACAUUUUAGGUGCAUUGACCAAAUAAAUAUAUCCCAUUUUUAUGCUUUCAAUGGAUUACACAGACAGUCAUGAUUUGUACUAAAUGUAACUUUCUUCUUAAUAUCCCCUAGAUAUUAAACACAAGCGGAUACCAAUUUUGUUUUUUGCUAACAAGAUGGACCUCAGAGACUCCCUGUCAUCCGUGAAAGUGUCUCAGAUGCUUUGCUUAGAAAACAUCAAAGACAAGCCAUGGCAUAUUUGGUAAUGUAUCUAUUAUUUUUAAAGGUCAUUUCUGUGUUUGCUAGAAGUCCCGAUAAGCCACCUCAAUUGUCCCAGCACUAUACAUUGCAAGAACUACAAGAAUACUAUUAGAAUUCUCGCUUGCGGUCAUUACUGUGCAAUGGUUCUCUCAAACAGAACACUUACUUCCUCCAGCUGAGAUAUGAAACGACAGAGCCAGAGGGAUUACUUUCAGAAGAUAUUCUUUUGUAACUAUUCAGGGCUGGUUUAGCAGGAGAUAUAAGAGUUUUACAAUGCACUGCAUGCAUGUGGCAAAAUAUCUGAAAGAACAUCCCCGUAAUCUUGGUCACUUUAAAGUCUCCAUCUCAGCGAAGCUUAGCUCUGCGCAAAUGUCUUGCUAGCUUCAAUAAGCAUGAUUCUAGCUGUAUGAAGUACUGCGCUGCAGACUAUGUCAUUGCUGUACUAAUAAUAAUAUGACACAGGCUGUAAUACUUGAACAAGUACCAAGAGCCAGGCAGCUAUAUACUAGUCUAGUUAGAUUACAAACCAAAAUCAGAAAUAUAUAGAUGUUUAUUCACCAGUUCUAUUUUGAGACCAGCACUGUUCUUUUAAAAAUGACAUGGCUACGAUUAAGGGAGAUUGAGCCCAAAACACAUAAGGUGACUGUCACGACUACUGGAUAUUAGAUGUCAUGGAGCCCAGUAAUUGUGCCGGAAUCCCUAUGUACUAUACGCUUUCCUAUUCAUUUGGAUAUUAUCAGUCAGCUGAGAGGCAGCUUCAGAGAGAGUGACAGUGGGGGCAGUUAGAAACCUGGUAUAUGCACAUGUCCUGCUCAUGCAAGCACCCAGCACAUCUGCCGAAGAACACAAGUCAGUCUCUCUGUCCUCUCUCCUUCUCUCUCCUCAACAUAAUAAUAAAAUAAUAACAGUAAGGGUUUAACAUCACAAUACAACCAUAACUAGAAGUGAAGUCUGAGUUAUCACAGUGACCAGAUACUAUCGAAUGGCAUGAAAUGAAAUACCACGCUUGUUACUUGGGCCUAACAGCUGCACAGACAGCCACUCACAUCCAUUUCCAGUGGCCACCUUGAAUAACUGUAUACAAUGUAAUCUCUAUUUUCUGGUAAUUUGUAGAACUACCAGAAGAUGGCGCUUGUCAUCCACACAUUUCUUUUUAUAGCAGAGUCCCUUUUAAAACGAAGCCUUGCAGUUCCUUUAAAGGGCCACUAAUUUCAGCCAGACCCCUUCAUCUCAAUGCAUAUGUUUAACCCUUCAAGGUAAAACAUUGCCAUUUUAUCUUAAAGGGUUAAACAUGCCUCUGGUGGCUGCCAUACUAGAGACUUCUGUGCUGCACUGACAGAGUAAAACUGAUUGCAGCUGGAAAAUGGUCAUUUAAAAAAACCUUUAUUAUUAAUAUUUUUUAUGGCAAGCACAAGUGGGAUAGGGUACCAAACUAGAGAGAAAAAAUGUAGUGUUAGAAAUAAUGCUAUAGCGUCCUCUUUAUGUUUGGAUAAAUAAUGUUUUGCCGUAUCUUCUCUUGUAGUGCAAGUGACGGCCUUAAAGGAGAGGGGCUACAGGAAGGUGUAGACUGGCUGCAUGGUAUGUUAUAUUGUGCUCCUCUAAACCCUUACGUCAUUUUCAUUGUUUUUAAGAUUUUAUUUUAUUAACUGCUGCUUUAAGUUUUUUCUAUUAAAAAUUGUAUUAUUUUCUUUUAGUAAUUUUCUGCAUGUAUUUAUUAUUUAGAGUUACUUAAAUUCUGAACACUGAAGAUGUGUUUUGUUUUUGUUUUUUUGUAAUGUUUUUGGGGUGUAUGUUCUGUUAUAUAUUUUGUUAAUUAUUGAAAAUUCCUGGUCAGAAACAAACUGGUUGGGGAGAGAAAAAACCCCACAUAAGACACACCUGCGGCUUCGUUAAGUUGCACUGUCAUCAGAUUUUUAAUUCAAUAUCCUACAGCUAUUUAAACCUGCCUAUACCUUGUACUUACUCGGUUAGGUGAGCAUUAUAUUCAUAUCUUCAAUCAAAAGGAUAUUGUUCACAUCUUCAAUGUUUUAAUUACUGUAAGGAAGGUAUAUACAAUCCCCAUUGUACAGCGCUACGAAAUUUGCUGGCACUAUAUAAAUAAUAAUAAAACAACUCACAUAGUAUAUUAAUAAUUGUUACUAUAUUGUGCAAAUGAUGAGAAAAAGCAUUUAAAAUGUAUUUAUAACAGGUACAUACAUUACACUUCCAUAACCUAAGUCUCCACUAUUUAUCAGUCUUUUGGUAUCUCUUCUUAAAUAAGAAGAAAUAACGUCCCAUGUAAAGGUCAUUUCAAUUAGAAUUGGGUGCAUCUGAUAAAGCAUAAACACAGUAAAAUGCAUACAUACAUACAUACAUACAUACAUCUCUUUAGUUUUGAAAAACAGCGCCUCAGAUGGGUAUGAUAACAUUAUACAAAUAUAUUCAGGGCCAGUACAAACGAUUAUCUGGAUAUCUAUUCAUAGAUAAGGCUAUACAUAGGUCACGGGGUCACGCAUUUAAGCCGGAAGCCGGGCCGGUGCAAGGAUUUUUGCCGCCCUAGGCAAGCAAAAAUUUGCCACCCCCAUAUGCUCUGCUCACCAUGUGACAUCACAAUGAUCUGCCAUAUGGGCCAACGCCAGUGCUGCACACAGUGUAUUUUUUCCGAAAAGGCAGUGUAUUUACAUUUUAAAAGCCUGCAGGGAUAGGCUAUAGACACCAGAACCACUACAUUAAGCUGCAGUGGUUCUGGUGACUAUAGUGUCCCUUUAAUGUGAGGUAAAUUAGAGAUUAGGGCCACUAAUAAUAUACAGGAUUGCCUAUUUACCACCAGAUAAGGACAAGAAAAUGAUGCAGUCUGGUGUUAAAACAGGCUCUAUCGAGGCAGAGCUCACAAAAUUCAACGUAGAGUAAGCAGCUCCAUUUUUUGAGGCCCCUUACACAGCUCAAGGUCCACCAGGGCCUGACCGUGAGUAUGCCUACAAGGCCUGCCCAUAAGCCUUAUGCCUACAAGGCCUACCCAUGAGUUUGCUCACAGGGAGUGGAGUGUAUGUGUGUAGGGGGGAUGUGUUAUGUGUUAUUGUAGAGGAUGUAAUGUGUGUGUGUUCUUAUGGAAUGUAGUGUAUUGGGAUACCAGUUUGUGUAAGAGAUGCAUUGUGUGAAUCUGUGUUUGUAUGUGUAGGGAUGCAAGGUGUGUUUCUGUGUAUAUAAUGUCAUGCAGUGUGUGUGUCUAAUGGGUGCAUUGAGUGUGUGUGUGUGUGUGUGUGUGUGUGUGUGUGUAAGAGAUGCAUUAAGAGAAGCAGUGUGUGUGUGUAAUGGAUGCAUUGUGUUCUUCUGUGUGUGUUUGUGAGGUAUGCAUUGUGUGUGUGUGUAAAGGUGAGUGUGUAAGGGUAGCAUGGUGUGUUUCUGUGUGUAUGUAGGAUUCACUGUGUGUUUUGGUGUGUGACUAGGGAUGCAUUGUAUGUUUCUGUGCGUGUGUGUGUAUGUAUGUGUGUGUGUAGGGAUGUUUUGUGUAUGUGUGUAGUGUGAAAGAGAAGGUUUGUGGCCCCUCUGUGUAUUUUUUCCCCUCCCACCCUCAGGUCCCUCUGUGCGUUUCCCUCCUGAGCCCCUCUGUGUGUCCCUUGGUAAUCUUCCCUCCCCUCCUGUCACUCAGUGUUUUCCCCUGCUUCCCUGUACCUUAGUGAUCUCCCCCCUCCCCUGUCCCUUAGUGGUCUCUCCUCUCUCCCCCUGGUGGUCUCACCCCCCUCUCCACUGGUGGCUCUCUCCCUUCCCUCCUCCCAUGGUGGCUCUCUCCAUUUCCUCCUCCCCUGGUGGACUCCCCUCCCCUGGUGGUUUCUUCCUCCCCUAGUGGUCUCUCUCCCUCCCGAUUGGUAUAUCUUUCUCUUACCCCAUUCCUGGUUUGUCUCUCCCUCCUCCCCCUCCCAUCCUGGUCUCUCUCUUCCCCCCUUCCCCCUCCUGGUCUAUCUCUCCCUCCACUCCUUCCCGGUGGAAUCUUCCCUCUUCCUUCCCUCCCGUGGUCUUUUUCUCUCCUCCCUCUCCCGGUGGACUCUCUCCUUCCCCGGUGGACUAGCCCCUCCUCUGGUGGACUCUCCCUUCCCUGGUGGUCUCUCUCUGGUGAUCUCUCUUCUUUUCCCUGGUGGUGUCCCCCUCUCCUCCAAUGGUGGUCUCUCUCUGGUGGUAUCUCCCCCCCCGGUGGUCUCUCUCUCUCUUACCCCUUCCCCUGGUGGUCUCUCUCUCUCUUACCCCUUCCCCUGGUGGUCUCUCUCUCUCUCUUACCCCUUCCCCUGGUGGUCUCUCUCUCUCUUACCCCCUCCCCUGAUGGUCUCUCACAGUGAGCACUUCCUGUCAGUCUUACCGGGUACAGGAAAUAGAACUCCUGUACCGCAGUCCGUGACGCCCAGCCACGCUACACUGAGUGACAGAUAGGGGGGAGCACUGUGCGCUUCCCUCCUACCCGGUCACUCAAAUUUGGCGCCCCCCCCCAUGCCGGUGCGCCCUAGGCAACAAAGCCGCCUAUAGGACACGCCAGCCCUGCCUGAAAGAAAGGCGUUUUAGUCUAAGGCAAAGAAAUGUUUUUGAGUCCAUACAGAUGUUUAAACAGCAGUUGGAUAAAUAUUUGCAAAAACAUAACAUACAGGGAUAUAAUUUCUAAUUAGUGGGGUAAUAUCUUUUUGUUUCAAGGAGAUACCUGACUGCCAUUUAGUGGUCAAGAAGGGAUUUUUCCCUAGUUUGUUGCAAAAUUGGAAGUGCUUUAAGACUGGAUUUUUUUGCCUUCUUUUGGAUCAACAGCAAAAACAUAUGUGAAAAGGGCUGAAUUUGAUGGACUCAAGUCUCUUUUCAGCUAUGUAACUAUGUAACAUACGCACGAACACACAGAGAGAGAGAGAGAAUAUAUACACACAUACAUACCUAUACCUUCCCUCUUCCCUGCCCUUUUACAGUUUAGCUACUGAAUACAAUGUAUGACAAAGACUUUUCGAACGUUUUAGGCCUUUGCACACCUGGAUUAUUUGAUGCUGAUGUAAAAUUAAGUAUUCUGGCCAGGUUAAUGAGAUCCUAAUGCUAGAACACCUAUAGACAUUACCAGCCAAGCACUAUAAGGGUCAGCAAUCUAUAUAUUCAUAAUGGAUCUUCCUAAAACCUCCCUUGUGGUGAUAUCACAAAAGGAGAUAAAAGUAUUCCUUUAUUUAUAAUUCUCUGAAACAUUUUUCAUAUGAUGUCAACAGUUCUGAAAUACCAGUAAAUGAAGUCAUUUUCAGCAACAUAACCCAAAGAAAUGAGACUGUAAGAACUGAAUAUAAAUAUUCUAUAGUGAUUGAUGGCACGUCAAUUUAUAUUCUUUGUUCAAUAUACAAAAUUGCCAGUAGAUGUCGCUAUUUACUAACUGUUCAAUAUCCAAGCACCGUAAUAUUUUUAGAGAUUAUACAAUCAUCACUUAAUCCCAUACUUGUUAAUCUGACAGCCAGGGAAUCAUAACUUCAAAGCCAUUUUAGUUUUCCUUUUGCAUUUUUGUUCUAAAAAUAUGUAAUUUACGAUCAAGGUCCAAUGUACCUUUGAAACCUACUGAAACAAACAAACAAAGAAAUGUAAUGCAGUUUUUCCCUCGAAAAAUAUACAGAUUUAGUUUGUUGUUUUUAGUACUAAUAAGAUAGACUUCAUGUUAGUUUGAGUGAUUGUGAUUAAAUGCAGAAUCAUGAAAAAUGGUUAUGAAAUAUAUAUUUGAUCGGCAAAGCACACCUUUCAGACUCUGCUUUUAAAUCUCAAAAAGGCGUGCAUUGUAGUCACAGUCAAGUAAGCCUAAGGGAGCAGAUUUAAUGUUUUAAUAUUGCUGCGACUACUACUAUUUUCAGCUUGACCUAUAAUAUUAAGGCAGUCUCUCUGAAUUGUAGGCUAGCUGCCCAUUGGCUAGUGCUGCAUGUUGUCAUCCCCAGGUAAUUCACACAGUAGGAAAUUGUGUGUGAUGUCAUACCUUUAGUAUAUGUGCCAAAAGAGAGGUUGUGGUGCUCCAUUUAGUACUCCACACAGAUGUUAAGAUUAUUAUAAGCAAGAUCCCUACAGGAGUAAGGAGGUCGGAACAUUGCAUCUCCACAUCUGCUUGCUGCUUUGUUAUGUAAAAGGGACAACAUAAUCAUCAAAAACAACGUUUAGCUUGAGGGAGCAGGUAUUGUAUAUAACUCAUGCCCCUGCAGUCUCAUUGCUCAAAUGCUUUGCUACUUAGGAGUUAAAUCACUUUAAAUCCUUACAGGAUCUUGAUGGAUAUUAGCAGAGCAGGAGGUCAGAAAUUUUAAAUUAAACAGAAUGAGUAAUUAAGGAAGUAUAACUCACAUGCAGGGAGGUGUGAAUAUGGCUGCAUAAACAAAGUGAUUUAACUUCUAAAUGGCAUAGAACUGAGCAGUAAGACUGCAGGGGCACAAUCUAUAUGCCAAAACUCGUUCAUUAAGAUAAAGAUGUUUUAGUGACUAUAGUAACUCUUCAAUGAGACACUACAGGCACCCAGACCACUUUAGCUCAUUGAAGUGGUCUGGGUGCACUGUCCCUGUCAGUUUAACCCUGCAAUUGUAAUUAUUGCAUUUAUUUAGAAACUGCAAUAAUUUGCUUGCAGAGUUAACUCCACCUCUAAUGACUGUUUAUCAGCAUAGAGUAUUCCUUUAAAUCAUUUUGUGUGGUGAAGUGUAAAAUUACAUAAACGUCGGGGUGAGGAGAUUUCCUAAUAGAACCUCUGUCAGCUCUGCCAUAUACCAGGCUUUAUAUGAAAGGCAAGCUUUUCUGGAGAGAGAGAAUAUUUUGUAACGGUGCAUGGUACCAGACAUUGACAAUGUUUCAUAUGUCUGGGACUGCUGUGUUGUUUUUCAGCAAACUGGAGGUAGAGGUUAAAGGACCACUAUACAUUACAGCUUAAUAAAGUGGUCUGGGUGCCAGGUCCAGCUAGGGUUAACCCUUUUUUCUAUAAACGUAGCAGUUUCAGAGAAACUGCUAUGUUUACAUGUGGGUUAAUCCAGCCUCUAGUGGCUGUCUCAUUGUCCAUAGGAAAGCAUUGUGAAUGCUUUCCUAUGAGACUGGCUGAAUGCGCGCAUGCGCAUUCAGCCGAGGAGGAGGAGAGCUCCCGCCCGGCGCUGGAGAAAGAGGUAAGUUUAACCCCUUCCUCCCCCUAGAGCCCGGCGGGAGGGGAGCCCUGAGGGUGGGGGCACCCUCAGGGCACUAUAGUGCCAGGAAAACGAGUAUGUUUUCCUGGCACUAUAGUGGUCCUUUAACGUUUAAGUGUUUGAUUGUUAGGGAGCCUCUUUGUCACCUUAGUGGCCAUGUGGAUGAUGAUUUCCUUUCACCGCUUUCCUUUCACCAUUGUGUCAGUCAGAGCAAUGUUAGGAAUUAAAUCCACUAAACAAAUUCUUUGUGGAGUUUGUGUUUGUAAUUAAAUCAGUUCCUUCAUAAAUGUUAUGAUAACUUCAGUAUAGUCCAUGCCAGCAAGAGGCAUCUUUGGCUAGCCAUGUGGACCACCAUGAUUGUCUGUCUUACAGUUGUCAAGAUUAACCAUCACUGCUCUGGAUUUUCACAUUGCAAGCUGCAGUUCCUAAUUCUGAUUUUACAAUAAAGUGUCCUUUGCAAGGAGCAGCAUUCACAUAAGCCCAAGCAGGCUGCCUGCAGUUAUGAUCCAUUCUCUUUCCGAAAAUUGCAUCAAUACAGCUAUUAUCUGACUGCAAACGUUGUAAGACUGAGUCUGUGUUCAGAUACAUUGCUGGCAUCUCUGAUGUGGCCGAACACAAGGCAAUAUUCCAUCUGUUGAAAGUAUGCAGACAGGAAUAAUUCUUCAUGUCCUCUCUUAUUCACAUAUGGACCAGUGCCUCUGCACGCUGCUUAAAAACUCGUAAUAAAAGGCAUUUUUUUUUAUUAAAGCACAUCCAUGAUAAAAUCUAGGAUCUUAUCUAGGAUCUUUUUAAACCUAGAACUGACAUAUAAAUGAUGCCAAUCUGUUUUAUGAAUGUAGCGUGGAAAGCCUAUGAAAGGGCUUUUCCCGCUAGGAGAGCUCAUUCUGCAUUGAGCUAUGCGCGAGCGCUUCAUGGGUGAAGAUUUUAUUUAUUUUUUAAGACUUGAGUUUAAUUUUUGCACCCAUUUUUUGUGCGAUUUGGUCUUUUUUUUCUAUUUUAAUUAGUGACGUCAGGAAUAAUGGAUUUUUAUUUGGCCUUUUUUGGGACUGAGGAGAAGAAUUAGAAGAAAGACGACUUUUAUUUUGUUUUAUUUAUUUACAGGUAUUAGAUUUUUUUUGGCCCCCUCCUCACUAUUAUUAGAUAGGUAGGUAUGUAAUUUUUUUGUAUUAGUAAGUGAAUGAUAAUUUGCGAUUUCAGUGCUGUGGAUUGGUUUGCAUGAGUUCAGAAAAACAAUAACUUCCUCAUCCGAAGCAAUGUUAGAGAAUCGGAAGGACUAACUGAACUCUGACCACAUGUAGCUUUAGUUAAUAUGAGAAUUACCAAUGCGGUCAGAUUUCAGACCAGGCAGACCACACAGGUCGAUGACUGAUGACGUCACAGCUCUGUGCAGGAAGUGAAGCAGGAGCCUAAAUGGUCGGAUUCUACCUCAGUCUGACCAAACUUGUGUGAAUCUGGCAGAAUGCUCUAGUGUUCUGUGAAAGUAGGGGACAGAUUUUCAGGUACACUUUAUGUAACAAAAUGCCAGGAUUGUAAUACUAAAAAAUAAUUCUGGUGACAUUUGUCCUUUAAAAUGGUUUUGGUAUUUAGAUCAUGCCCAUGCAGUGUCAUUACUGUUUGAGUUAAAUCACUUUGUUUAUGCAGCUCUUGUUACACUUCCCAUGCAUGUAAUUCACCCAGCCCACACACUUACUGAACUUUUUUUUUUUUUUUUUAAGCUUUGGUUAUUGGACUUUGUGUUUCAUUUAAAAGUUCUUAUCGACCCUUAGAGACAGUGGGUGGAAUAACAGGGGACGGGGCGGGAAUCUCAUUACUAUUGAUGCCAAGGGGCUACACACCUGAAAUGUAGGAUAGUCCAGCCGAAGAACUGGCGGAUCAGCCUGCCGAAAUCAGGACAAUUGAAAUGCCUGUAAAAGGCUACUUCUCUAAUGCGCAUCUCAUCAUGAACUUCCAUAGAUAUAUAAACACUGGUGACAUAUAUUUAGUAUCAGACUUUGAAAUGGAUUUGAAUAUCUUCCACUCCAGUCAUUUUUUGGCAGGUUUCUUUCUUUCUCAGUGUGAAUGUUAUGGAACCAUUUUUCCGUAACGUUUUCAAAAUUAGGAAUUGAAUUAAUGAGUGAGCAGAGACCUCGCUUUCCUUCUGUUUGUAAAACAUUUUAUUUACUCAUAAAGUUUAAGUAUUUUUUAAUUGGCUGCUCACAGAUAAGUUAUACAUGGAGUUUGAGCAGUCACCGUUGAACUAAUCAUGCAUAGUGAUUUCCUAUUCACACAACAAUGACUGUGGAACAUCCGCUUCCCACCCAUCGCCUCCCUCACAAAGCAUCAAUACAUUUAACACUUAGCCAUGUAGUUCCAACAUAGUUUUCAUUCUCCUUUGUAUAAUUACUUGCAUAGUAUUAUACACAUGACGACUAGUUCCCUUUCCCUAUUUUCAUGGCUGCAAGUUAGAUUUAAAAUAGUACAUAUAGUUAGUUACAUACUUUAUAAUAAAAUGUACCACAUAGCUGGUGGCAAAUAUAGACCAGUUCCGUAGGGCUUAUUCACAUUCGCUCUGUUUGUACAAUGGACUGUUGACGGCUCGUACAUAUGUAAUAUUUUUAACACUUACUGUUGGCAUUUAUAUAGCGCCAAUUUAUUCUGCAGUGCUUUACAAUUGUUCAAUGGGGGGAAAUUUAACGCAAAUUAUACAAUUGCAAAAUGUUAUAGGAAAAAUAGGUUGAGGAGGACCCUGCUUUAAAGACUGUGUUAUAUAGGACUCAAAUAGUGGGCGAGUGUGACCUGGAAAGGUGUAAUUAGUAUCUUGGAAUUAAUAGUCACGAUCUAAUCAGAAUAAACCGUAAAUUUAAUCACAGACAUGUAAGUCGUGUAAGGCUACUCCUCUACCUUCUAAAAUAAAGGUAACUUCUUGGAUCAUUCAAAAAAGUGCUUAAAGGGACACUAUAGUAACCUGAACAACCUCAGCUUAAUGAGGUUGUUUAGGUGAGUGCUACAGCUCCCUGCAGCCUUUUUCUUGUAAGCACUGUAUUUUCAUUGGAAGCUUGGAACACCUCCAGUUGCAGUCAAUCAGACGGCCACCAGAGGGACUUCCGAGUUCAGAAGCCCUAAAAAGCCUUCACUCAUGUCUGAAGUAUUCACCCAUGGGUGAAUACGUCAGACGUGCUAUCAGCACACAGAGCACUGUGCCCAAGCUUUGUGUCCUGAGGCUGUCAGCACUGCGUGGGAGUGGCUUAAGCUGACAGGCUGAAGACCGAAGAGGAGGAGGGGAGAAUUCAAACAGUAAGUAAAUGUAUUUAGUGAGUGUGGGUGGGUGAGUGGGUGAGGAUGGAUGAUGGGAGUGGAUGGAUAUGGAUGAUGGGAGUGGAUGGAUUUGGUGAUGGGAGUGGAUGGAUGGGGGUGGAUAUGGAUGAUGGGAAUGGAUGGAGAUGGAUGAUGGGAAUGGAUGGAUAUGGAUGAUGGGGAUGGAUAUGGAUGGAGAGAGUGUGUGUAUGUCUAAUUUUUUUACUAGUGUGUUUGCAUAGAUCGAUCUCUCUCUCUAUCUAUAUAUAUAUAUAUAUAUAUACAAAAAAUGAUGGGAGUUGCACUCCAGCUCUCCUUAGUUAUUGCCCGGUGCUCGGCUGCACAAAUGUAUAAAGUUCAAAAAAGAGUCAGCACUCAAGGACUUUGAAUUUGCUAGAAAAGAUGCAAAAAACCUUUUAAUCCAGUUGGUCAAGAGGUCAACGUUUCAGUCCAUCGUCGUGGACUUUCAUCAGGACAUAAAAUACAAUAUUCAGUUUAAAUAAGAAAAAGCUAACUUACCAAAUCACCCCCACCUGUAUGCCGGCGUGGUCUGUUCCCCAUUGCGCAUGCGUGUCAAUCCGCUUAACUACUUCCGGUGCAAUAGUGCAGCCUACCCGUCACCAUAGCAACCUAUAAACAGUUCGCAAAAAACGGCGAUCCGUAAACACAUGUGUAUGCUGAAAGUGCUCAGUGCUGAUUUCUCAACUUGAUACUCAUAUCGAGCUGGCAACAAACAAAGCCAGCAAAUCUAUUCAUAUUCUCUUAUUAACAGUGUAUCCUCAUUAAUAAAGUGAUAUCAAUUUGUUCUACUUAUAUAAGUGCACUUCAUAAUAUUUACUUGCAAGGUGUAAUAAAAAGAAGUGAGAAUUAAUUUGCCUCAUAAAAAAAGUGCAAGUGCUCAAAUAUAUAAAAAAAACUAGCAGUGAUGAUUCCUUAAAGUGACAUGUGCAUAUAUUUACAUGCUAUCUAAUUAUUGAGUUAGUAAGUGAAAACACUAUGCUACUAUGGGGUUACAGUGUAAUAUGAUACAUAAUCACUACCUAAAUAACAAAUAUAAUGACAUAUACUCUGCUGUGUAACAGUAUCAUUCCCAGAUUUAAGAAUUAGGGACAAAGUAUUACUUAUAAACAAUUAUGUCCCUAUUGAACUACAAAUAGAUACUAAGGAGUGGAGAAAACAACCCUCCCUUAAAUAGAUCUAAAUACCAAAUAUAAAAAAACGCCUGUAAUUUAAUCUAUAUAAAAUUAAUUGGGAAUAUAUACUGUAAACAUGUUUGCAGAUAAAAAGAUAAAAUCAAUAUGAUAACUUAUCCAACCACUUAAAUAAACGAUAUAAAUGUAAAUUUUUCGUUAAGGCCCAUGGGGGCCAUAGUAUUCAAUUCACGAAUCCAAAAUGUCUCUCUUUGUAACAAUGCCUUAGAGCGAUCUCCACCUCUUCUAGAUAUUGGAAUAUGGUCGAUGGCUAUACAUUUCAAUGAUGUCAAUGGAUGUUUAUGUUCAAGAAAGUGACGCGCCACCGGUUUGUCCGUAAUACCAUCUCUGAUCGCCAUGCGUAUACUUGAGCGGUGUCCCCUUAUUCUUUCGCACAAUUGUGUAUCCGUUUUCCCAACGUAAUUAAAUCCGCAUGGAGAUGACAGUUUGUAAAUGACAUGAUCUGUUUUACAAGAGAUACGUUGUUUAAUUAUAUAUUUCUUCUGGGUGUGUGGAUGAAAAAAAGACUUUGUGGGAAUAAGGUGCCCACAUGUCACACAUCCUAAACAACGAAAGCAGCCUGGGUUGAGAAAUUUAUUCUGAUUCCGCAGAUAACUCUGUUCCGGAUCAGUGCGGACUAACAAGUCUCGCAAAUUUUUCUCCCUCUUGUAGCAUAUCAUUGGACUUUGAGAGAAUAUUGUAGGCAGAGUUGGAUCUCCCGUUAGGAUAUUCCAAUUCCCUUUUGCAGCUUGGACAAGUUUGGUACUAGCAGAGUUGAAUUUCAUUGGAAAAGUCAGUCUUGUUGCCCUUGUUUGUUGCUGAAUACUCACAGUAUUCGCCAUUUCCAAUCUUGCUUUAUCUAAAGCUGCAUCAAGUAUGUGCCGGUUAUAUCCCCUCAUGAGGAAUUUGUUGUACAUGCUAUCCACUUGAUUUUCAACCCGUUCAACCAAUGAAUUAUUCCGAAACACUCUUAAGAAUUGGGUGUAUGGUAAAGAUUUCUUACUAUGUUCAGGAUGUACACUUUCAAAAUGCAGUAUGGUGUUUCUAUCAGUGGGCUGUGAGUAAAGCUGAUACUCUAUUUUGUUGUCUUUAAUGAAAAUAUCCAAAUCCAAAUACUGUACAAUUGUAUCACUGAUAUUGGCCGUGAUUUUAACAGGACUGGGGAGACAGUUGACAUUCUCCACGAAUUGCUCAGCCUCAGCUAUUGAGCCUUUCCACAAAAUCAAAAUAUCAUCGAUAAAGCGUACGUAUUGUACGAUUCGUCCUCUGUAUGGAUGUAAGAUGUGUUCUCUCUCAAAUACAUGCAUGUAUGCAUUCGCAUACAUCGGCGCCAUCGCCGCGCCCAUCGAUGUUCCUGAGCAUUGCAUAUACCAUCGGGUUUCAAAUCUGAAGUAAUUGAGUUGAAGUGUUACCAUAAGCAGUUCCAUGAUAAAUUCUAUAGGAGGACCCUUAUAGAAAGAUGACUCCAAUAAUAUCUGUCUUUCGUUGUUUAGGAUGUGUGACAUGUGGGCACCUUAUUCCCACGAAGUCUUUUUUUCAUCCACACACCCAGAAGAUAUAUAUAAUUAAACAACGUAUCUCUUGUAAAACAGAUCAUGUCAUUUACAAACUGUCAUGUCCAUGCGGAUUUAAUUACGUUGGGAAAACGGAUACACAAUUGUGCGAAAGAAUAAGGGGACACCGCUCAAGUAUACGCAUGGCGAUCAGAGAUGGUAUUACGGACAAACCGGUGGCGCGUCACUUUCUUGAACAUAAACAUCCAUUGACAUCAUUGAAAUGUAUAGCCAUCGACCAUAUUCCAAUAUCUAGAAGAGGAGGAGAUCGCUCUAAGGCAUUGUUACAAAGAGAGACAUUUUGGAUUCGUGAAUUGAAUACUAUGGCCCCCAUGGGCCUUAACGAAAAAUUUACAUUUAUAUCGUUUAUUUAAGUGGUUGGAUAAGUUAUCAUAUUGAUUUUAUCUUUUUGUCUGCAAACAUGUUUACAGUAUAUAUUCCCAAUUAAUUUUAUAUAGAUUCAAUUACAGGCGUUUUUUUAUAUUUGGUAUUUAGAUCUAUUUAAGGGAGGGUUGUUUUCUCCACUCCUUAGUAUCUAUUUGUAGUUCAAUAGGGACAUAAUUGUUUAUAAGUAAUACUUUGUCCCUAAUUCUUAAAUCUGGGAAUGAUACUGUUACGCAGCAGAGUAUAUGUCAUUAUAUUUGUUAUUUAGGUAGUGAUUAUGUAUCAUAUUACACUGUAACCCCAUAGUAGCAUAGUGUUUUCACUUACUAACUCAAUAAUUAGAUAGCAUGUAAAUAUAUGCACAUGUCACUUUAAGGAAUCAUCACUGCUAGUUUUUUUUAUAUAUUUGAGCACUUGCACUUUUUUUAUGAGGCAAAUUAAUUCUCACUUCUUUUUAUUACACCUUGCAAGUAUAUAUUAUGAAGUGCACUUAUAUAAGUAGAACAAAUUGAUAUCACUUUAUUAAUGAGGAUACACUGUUAAUAAGAGAAUAUGAAUAGAUUUGCUGGCUUUGUUUGUUGCCAGCUCGAUAUGAGUAUCAAGUUGAGAAAUCAGCACUGAGCACUUUCAGCAUACACAUGUGUUUACGGAUCGCCGUUUUUUGCGAACUGUUUAUAGGUUGCUAUGGUGACGGGUAGGCUGCACUAUUGCACCGGAAGUAGUUAAGCGGAUUGACACGCAUGCGCAAUGGGGAACAGACCACGCCGGCAUACAGGUGGGGGUGAUUUGGUAAGUUAGCUUUUUCUUAUUUAAACUGAAUAUUGUAUUUUGUAUUUUAUGUCCUGAUGAAAGUCCACGACGAUGGACUGAAACGUUGACCUCUUGACCAACUGGAUUAAAAGGUUUUUUGCAUCUUUUCUAGCAAAUUCAAAGUCCUUGAGUGCUGACUCUUUUUUUUGAACUUUAUAUAUAUAUAUAUUUAUAUUUAUAUAUAUAUUUAUAUUUCUAUGCAAACACAGUUUGGCUGAGGAGGGGGCCGGGUAUAGACAGCUCAGCUCGAGAACGCCCAUUGCGCCCACAUGCGCGGUUGAGCACUGAGUUUCUUCAUAGGGUGGCAUUCAAUGCCGCUCUAUGAAGAAUGCGAUUGGUGCAGCGCGAAACCGCACAUGCGCACCACAUCUCGAUGAUGCUUCUCAAGGAGAAGCGUCCUAUUGGGCCCUGCAAUUUCAUCAUUUUGAUGGAAAAGGGGGCGUGGCCUAGCGGGGACCUCGCCGCUGGAACGGUGGUAAGUUUUUUUUAUUAUUAAAACUUACUCGGAUUUCUUUUUUUAUUAAUUUUUUUAUGACAAGUUCAUAUAAAAGCAAGAAAGAAGGCUGGGGGACCUGUCUUUCUUGCUUUUAUAUGUUGACUAUAGUGUCCCUUUAAAAUAGUAUACAUACACGCUUAUUUAUAGCACAAGUUGUACCCCUUUAGGAGGAUGAUCUAGUUAAGGUAUGUAUGAGAGGAUAGACCUAUAUCAGCAUGUCUCCGGGAUAAUUGACUAAGAGUGAAUCCGUAUUCUUAGUCUGUCUGUUCAUACAAAGGAAAAAUCAUCACACCGCUCAGUAGGAAAUCUGAGUGUCCAUAUGUAUCGAGAGACUGGUAUAGGAUAAUGAUAUAAUAGAUGUCUAAGUAGUAAGACAGCAAGACUGAUAUAAUCAAAAGCCUCUCUCCCUGGUAAUCUAUCUUGGACUCCUUUUUGAAUGAUCCAAGAAGUUACCUUUAUUUUAGAAGGUAGAGGAGUAACCUUACACGACUAAUAUUUUUCACAUUUGCACUUGAGACAUUUGCGUCUGAUUAAAUUUACGGUUUACUCUGAGUCGAUCGUGACUUUAUUUAUUCCAAGAUACUAUUUACACCUUUCCAGGUCACACUCGCCCACUAUUUGUGUGUUCUUUUUUUUAUUCUUGACAUUUCCUACAGGGUUAAGGACUCUAGACAUAACUAGAGUGUCUAAACUGGUGUACAGGCCCAAAUAAUUUUUCUCUUGGGUAUCUGAUUUUCUGUUUAUUUCUUGUUUAUAUAGGACUCUUCUCUUAACCUAAAAUAGCCAAAGUUUGUAUGUAUUUUGUAACAUCCGAACCAAUAAUGCCAUUUUAAAACAUGUUAUUGAAAGUUUUACAUUGUGAAACAGGUAAAAUAAAGUUUUCGUUUAUACUAAUGCCAUUUUAUUGCUACCAACAGAUCAAAUUCAAGCAAUAAAGAACUAAAGUGAUGUGCUAACGAAUUCCAUUAACAAGGACCAAACUAAUUGCUAAUUUGUUUACAGUCAUAAUACUUGAUGGGGUACAAAGUUAAGGAAAGGUCACAGAGUUUUAUUUAGAACCUCAGGUAUCAUGUUUAUGUACAUAUCCAUAUAUAAAGUGAGACAUAUAUAUGAUCAUUAUAACAAUUAAUAUAAGGAUUUAUUUUGUUAUUUGUUUUAUUAAAUCAGUGAAUUAAAAAAAAAACUUGUAAAUAAAACACAAAGGUUUUACUUGUUAACUUAUUAAAUUAUUCACUUUUUUAAUUUGAAAGUUCAUAGAAUAUUUUAUAUUUUAGAUCUGGCAAGCUAAAAGGUCUGUGUGCUGAAUGGUGUAUAAAUAAAAUAUAUUGUGCGGAUAUUUAAAUUUUGUUGAUUUUUUUUUUCUUGUUACAGUUUUGCUGUAUGUGUCACAAAAAUAAUAAAACCAAAUGGUAUGCAAUUUUA